AUUCCUGAGGGCAGCGGAGAAGGUUCCGCAGGGAGUCGCCGGCACUGCAGGCCUGCAAACUCUUUCUCCAGGGAGCGGGCUUCCGACCCGCGGGUGCACCGUUCCCUCUUAUUUUGCAAGUCCCGAGAAGAGCCACUCGGCCUCUCUGGCUGGUCCUUGCCCCGGUCUUUGAGCGAUGAGCGAGAGCAGCGAGGAGAAGCCAAGUCUGAGGCUGGAGGCUGCAAUCCAGGUUGGUGAGUGAGUGGCUCGCUUUCUCAUACUUCUCCUGCGGCUAAGUUCAGAGCAAGUAAUUAAAACGCACUGCCUCCGCCCCCUCGCACAUGAUGCUCCGCUUUGCAGCGCGGAACUGACGAGCCAGAAAAGGAUAGAAUUGCAUUCCCUUCGAGGGGUGAGGGCAGAAGCCAGGUUUCCAACUUCGGAAGUAAAAUGGCGAAAUAAAAAAUAUUUCGCGUCUGCUUCCCUUUCAUGUCGCGGAUCUGGACAAUAUUUAGUUCUGGACGUCUACAGAGAAGAUGAUAUGGAUUAAAACCUCUGUGAUCUCUUGAUACAGAGGUGCAAAUACGGGUAGCAGUGUUGGACAGCGGGGCCCAGGGUCAUAUUGCCAACCCGUGAAACUCAGAACAGAAAUCCCAGAAUCAGAGUUGGAAGGGACCCUGAGGAUCAUCUAGUCCAACCCCCUGCAAUACUCAUUGAGUGACCUCGGGCCAGUCACUGUUUCUCAAACUAACCUAGUACCUGCCUCACAGUGUGGUUGUGAGAAUAGUAUCAGAGGAAGGGCCAUUGCAGUGUAUUAGAGCACAGGCUUCGCUUGCAAAUGGUCCCAGGUUUGCUUUCCAACGUCUCCACCUGGGCUGGGGGGCAAUACUGUCAUGAAACCCCAGAGACCUGCUGCUGGUCAGUGCAGAGGGUACCAACUGGGAUUGACGUGGUAUGAGGCAGCAUUCUGUGUUCAUGGGAGUAGGCUGAGUACUGUAUAACAACUGGGGUAUAAAGUAAUUGUGCCAGCAAAGUUUAUCAAGCAUUAAAUCAGACAGGGCUUCUAUAAACCAAGGGACCAUACAGAGACUGGUUUUGCAGCACGACCCAGAAGCAGCCAGUUUAGCAGAGUAGCCUUUUUGGUCUCAUCUCAAACCCUUAGCAUUCUGAGGAGAGCUGUUAUAUGUUUGUUUGCAUGUGCAUUUUGCUGCAUGUAGAAUUUCUCUGAAGAUGUUGAAAAUAUGGCCUAUUAAAACCCAUGUUUGAAGUCUUUCUGUGUUUGGCUUCUGCUCUGUUCUUCAUGGCUUCCCUGGAUGACUGUGGCAUCCAGGGCUAGUGGACUGUUGUCUUACCUGGGCUGAAGUUGUUUGUGACAAAUGUAGUUGUUGCCAUUUUAAGUGACAGUAGAGGGCAGUAAGGUUUCAGAAAUGAGAGUAAGGAACAAACGACUAGGCUAGAGGAUGUGUGAGCGUAACCCAACAGGAAAAUAGAUUUACAGCCGUAUCCUAUGCAUUCACUCCGAAGUCUUGUUGAGUGUAAUGAGACUUAUUCCCAAGGAAGUAGUCAUAGGGCUGCAAUGGCAAACUGGACUUAAUUCUUUGCAAACAUCUAUUGAUUUCAGAGCUGCUGUUCACUGGAUUGAAUUCCAGUGGGGGAGCACAGAACUAACCUGUCAAUAUUGUAAUGCUUUGAUCCUUCUAUACAGCCUUUAUCCACCCCAGCCAUGCUCUCCUAUCUGUCCCAGCUAGAUGGGAGUUAUAGUCCUAAACAUCUGGAAGUUACCAGGUUGGCAAAGGAAGGGCUGGCAUAAUCUUUCAUGGUCCAGGGUCUACUUAGUCGUGUCUUUAUGGUAAAGGUAAAGGUAAAGGGACCCCUGACCAUUAGGUCCAGUCGUGACCAACUCUGGGGUUGUGGUGUUCAUCUCGCUUUAUUGGCCGAGGGAGCCGGCGUACAGCUUCCGGGUCAUGUGGCCAGCAUGACUAAGCCGCUUCUGGCGAACCAGAGCAGUACCCAGAAACACCGUUUGCCUUCCCACUGGAGUGGUACCUAUUUAUCUACUUGCACUUUCGAACUGCUAGGUUGGCAGGAACAGGGUCCGAGCAACGGGCGCUCACCCUGUCAUGGGGAUUCGAACCGCCGACCUUCUGAUCGGCAAGUCCUAGGCUCUGUGGUUUAACCCACAGCACCACCUGCGUCCCAGGGUCUACUUAGUCGUGUCUUUAUGGUAACAUGAUACUUUGUUGUUUUUGUUAAAACAGACUAAUAUGGCCACCCCUUCUAUACAUCAUAAGUGUCGAAAGGAGCCUGGCACAAACCACUUCAGCAGAGGGAUGGUAAAUUGUCAUGAAGUAGGAACCAGGGUGAGCUCCCGUCUGCAGUCCCAGCUCCUGCCCACCUAACAGUUCAAAAGCACCCCUAAAGUGCAAGUAGAUAAAUAGGUACCGCUUUCUAGCGGGAAGGUAAACGGCGUUUCCGUGUGCUGCGCUGGUGCUGGCUCGCCAGAGCAGCUUCGUCACGCUGGCCACGUGACCCGGAAGGGUCUCCGGAUAGCGCUGGCCCCCGGCCUCUUAAGUGAGAUGGGCGCACAACCCUAGAGUCAGACACGACUGGCCCGUACGGGCAGGAGUACCUUUACCUUUACAGGAACCAGGGAAAGAGAUUGUGACUGCCUCAAGGGCUUCAUGUGAGGCUGCACUGUCUUACAGAGUAAGGCCAAUCAUCUCAUUCUCUUACACUUAACACUUCACGUCUGUAAAUUGGAAUAGUACAAGGAUUUCCAAUAAGGAGGCAAUCUGCUUCACAUUUUCUUAUUUAGCAUGAAGUGGAAGAGGUCUAGUCCCUGCUCUCCUGCAUUUAGUGUUUUCAUUCAAGGAGCUUUGUUUUGAGCCUUUCUUGUGCUGUGUGUGUUAACGUCUGUGUAAUGUGAAAGGGCAUUCUGCUCCUUGUGGGUUUUCCAUUCACAAUGCCCAGCCUGGUUAGAGCAAGAGCUUCAUGCCCCCAAAUACCCUUCAUAUAGGAAAACGUGAACAGCUUUCCUACAGUUGGCUUUUCCACAUUGCAUGUCAUGGAUUUUUGAGCAUUGCUUGAAAUGAGAUGGAAUUGAUGCUGUUGAAAUGAUCACACUUGUCCUUCGCCCUGCGGCAUGAGCUACAAGGGGAUUGUCAACUUACUACAGGCCUUGACACCUUUCAGGAGACCAUUUUGUACUUGCAUUGCAUGUUGGUUGUUUGUGUUUCGCUACUCUUCUUUGUGAAUGGGCAAAGUCAGCUAACAUGCAGAUGCCUCACCAAUGGCUGCUCUUUCCACAGCUGCCACAGCUGUGCUGACAUCACCAGCUGCAGAGGGAGUAGCUAUCUCCAUGGGUCCUAUUCAGAGACUCCAUGCUACAGCUGCAACUCAUUACCCAGGCAAAGUGUUUUAAUCAAUGCCUUUGCUGAUUGGUGGCCUGAAUGUUACAACUAUGCUGAACUGGAAUUUCUGCUAGUCUUGCAGUUUUCAUACUCACAUGUGGCAUCUGUUGUUUUAAAAGGCCAAAAUGCUAAAAUUGUUUAGGGGGGAAUGGAUAAGUUGUUAAAGGGACAAGAUCACCUUACAAAAGCAUAUUCCCCUCAGGUUUUUUAAAAAACUCAUUAUUAGCAGUCCUAGGUGUACCAUAAAACCUACAUAGCACCCAGCAGAACAUUGGUGAGACAUCUGUGAUCCUCCAGUUGUGGUUAGACUACAAGCCCCAACUCCUCUGACCAUUGUCCAUGCUGGCUGGGACUGAUGGGAACUGGAAUCCAACAGCUCAAAGGUUUCCCACCACUGUAGCAGAGUCUAAUCUAACUGAAACUAUCAGGGAUUUGGCUCUUUGCUCCUAGUCUUCAUCAGGCAGCAUUUGUUAUGUCUGAGCAAAUCUCGGUGUCUUUGUAUGUUUCUCUGUGUGAUUUCCAUUUGCAUUUGUCUGACAUGCCAUGUGUGAUCUGUGCAGUGAUCUGAUUUUUUAAAAAUAGGAAUUCGUUAUUGCAAAAUAAUAUCAUUUGUAUUUGAGUUUUAGAAGUAGAAUGUUUUCAAUCUCUAAAAAUGGUUGUAAAAGGUAAAGGGAUCCCUGACCAUUAGGUCCAGUCGUAACCAACUCUGGGGUUGCGGCGCUCAUCUCGCUUUAUUGGCCAAGGGAGCCGGAGUACAGCUUCCGGGUCAUGUGGCCAGCAUGACGAAGCCGCUUCUGGCGAACGAGAGCAGCACACAGAAACGCCGUUUGCCUUCCCGCUGGAGUGGUACCUAUUUAUCUACUUGCACUUUGACAUGCAUUCAAACUGCUAGGUUGGCAGGAACAGGGACCGAGCAACGGGAGCUCACCCCGUUGCGGGGAUUCGAACCGCCGACCUUCUGAUCGGCAAGUCCUAGGCUCUGUGGCUCUUCUUGGACUUCAUUGUGAUUUGGUAUGCCCAAGGUUAAUUGCUUGAGUUGUAGCUGCGAGGGCCAGUUCUCAUCUAUUUUUGUGGAUAAACAUAUUGCUUUAACUGCACAGCAACUGGUCCUUGAGAUGCUUAUGCAACAUACUUGCUAUUUUCUUUUCUUCCGUCUACAAACCAAGCUGCCCACCAAAGUGCUUGGAUAAUUAUAGUGCUGUGCCAAAAUAUUCUCUCAUGUUUUUCCCCCAACCAAAAUUAUUGAAAAGGAGAGCGUUUUUUGGUAAAAUUCUUGUGGGUGGGGUGCAGGUCCUUUUUUGCCAUGCUUUACUUUUGAAGUGGCUAAUUUAUGCUUGGUGGGUGACCUUUUUUUCCCCAUUCUACAAAACAUCUCCUCAGUGGUCUGCCCUUUACCCUCUGCCACUGAUUCAAUCAAGACCCAGGGGAAGAAAUCAUGAGGUAACUCCUUCUAUGGGAUUUUUUCAAAUAAGGAAGUGCAGCCAGCCAAUGGGGUUGCAGAGAUCCUUGAGGAAGGUUUACAGGAAAGAAAAGAUCACAUAUUACCUUUGGCCACCUUACAGAAAUAGUAAUAUGAGAGCUCCAAAUCUCUCCUGCAUCCACAGUGUGCUUUGGUUCUCGAACUUAAUCCAUUCUGGAAGUCCGUUCCAAAACCAAAGUGUUCCAAAACCAAGGUGCGCUUUCCCAUAGAAAGCAAUGCAAAAUGGAUCAAUCCGUUCCAGACUUUUAAAAACAACUCCUAAAACAGCAAUUUAACAUGAAAUUUACAGUCUCACAAGACCAUUGAUCCAUAAAAUGAAAGCAAUAAUCAAUGUACUGCAGUCACACAAUCAAUCAGUAGCUGAACUGGGUUCCACACAGUCACAAAAACAAAACAAAAAGAGCCGCAAAAACAAAAAUACAAAAUAAAUAACAAAAACACAGACCUCAGCGUAACACUCAAAACGGAAGCGUGGCACUUAAAACGGAAGCGUAACACUCAAAAUGGAGCAUGUUUGACUUCCAAAAAAAGGUUCGCAAAACGGAACACUUCCAGGUUUGCAGUGUUUGGGUCCAAGUUGUUUGAGUACCAAGGCAUUUGAGAACCAAGGUACCACUGUACUUUGUCAUAGUAGUAGUACUCAGGGUACAUCUACCCUUGGUACAUUUCUUUCCACUUCAGUUUGUCUUGGUAUUAAUGUUCAUGUGUUUCCCACAUGUAUACACUUCCUCAUCUUGUAGUCUUGGGUAGUUUAGGAAAAAUAUAAUUUAUGCAGUCUCAAGCAUACAGGUGCAUGCACACACAUACACACUUUCUGCAAUGGGAGACAGGAUUCUAACUUUUGAGAUACAGUACUAAUUUUGAUCUAGCUGAAGUUGUACAUGAUCCAAAAAUCUCUCCCUACUGAGAGAUCAACUGAAAAUAUUAUGGAGAUGUGCAUGUGAGUGGCUUGCAUUUAAAAAAAGGGGGGGGGAUCCAAUAGUGAUGGAGGAGAAAUUAUGAAGAACGUUGUGAGACAUUUGUCAAAAUAUAAGCAAGAGAUUUUACAGGAUGGUUUUGCUGUCUUUAUCUUUAUAACAUCAUGUGUAUGUGUUUUGCGGGGGCAUCCUGGGAAGUGGAGUACUGUACUUUUCAGAUACAAUUGGAAACAAGAUUUGGAACAAAGUGCAGAUUGCAGCAGCCUCCUUAUUUCAAUGAGAUUUGUUCGUAAUUGAUGAGGUACAGACGAUAGAGGGCAUUGUUGCUGUAUUUUCUGUACGAAGUUUUAGCUCUGUUGGCAUGGCAACAACUGUUUUUUUGUUUAUUAUUAUGCUUCACAUCUUCAUGCAAUAUGUCUUUCUUGUUCUGUGAGCACAAGGGAGCCCCAGUAAUGACUGGGCCCAGCAAUAAAACAUUGAGAAGAUAAGCAGGCAAGCGAAUUAGCCACCUGUGUGGGUUUGACAACAGGGUGAGAAGGACAAAAAAGUAAAGAUGUUCCCACCCGACACAAUUCAAAAUCACCUCAGAAUCAAACUUAAUAACCACCUAAUAGGCGUAAGCCCUGGUGGCUUCUGGCACAAAUUAAGUUCAGAUCUCAGAUCUACCCAUUAUUUACAUGCACUGUACAUUUGUGAAUAGCAUCAGCCAUGAGAAAAAAAUACCCUCCAACAUUUUGUAGAUGGAAAUAGGGUGUCAGAAUACCAUUCUCAGUAUCUUUAGUACAGUAUUAGUUUUAAAUGAUGCUAGCAGUUCUGGUAGCAUCAGCAACAAAACAUAAGAUCCAAGAGUAGGGUUGUAAUUCCUGAUGUCAUUUCACUUUGUUCAUUUCCCACAAAAUUAUUAUGCUCAUCUUGCAUCGUGGCUCUUUCUCUUUCAUAAUUUCGAUGCUCUUUUGUCCUUGUGUGCUUCACCUGCAUAAGAUUUCAUAAUGGUUUUCAGAAACUUUGACAUGUACGGUAUUUCAGAACAUGAAUUCUGGCCAUGUAACCGACAACAUUGGUUUAUGUAAGUUUACCACAGACAUGUGAUAAAGCGAAGUUAAUGUAGCAGGAUUUAUUAUCACAAAAAAGCUUUUAGAAAUAUUUUGAAAACAACACAGUUCAGGGCCUUGUAAUCCUGUGUACCCUUGCAGAAUCUUAACCUGCACUCACCUAGGUGAGGACACAAAGUAGGGAAUUGUAUUAUAUUUCUUAAGCAAUUUUGAAAAUGCUAACUUUGUACAUGAAGAGUGAGUGAGGAGGGGAAAAUAAAUUGUGCAGAUAUUUGAAUUCCUGGUUCUUCAUAAGUUUAAAAGAUUGGUAUCAUUGUAUUUUUGGUUUUAGCUGAAGCUGUGUACAUAGGCCAGCUUUGUAGAUAUCCUUGCCUUUCUAUUUUUAUUGAGUUUAUAACUUGUUGAAAUGCACUAAAUGUCAAUGAGAUAUAAAGAGAUCACAUUUUUUUACAGCAGUCUCUCUCUACCCCCCCAACCUUCAAAGGUUUCUAGCUAUGUGACAGCCAUUCUUAGGCCUAAGUUUAGUUUUAUGCUGAUCUCAGAAAGUCCAUCAUAAAGAGGUAAUCGCUUCCCAGGGCCCAGCAAUGGCUAAAUAAAACCUUACAAGCUUGCCAACCAAUGCUUAACUUCUGUGUGUAUUUUAGAAACUGGAGGAUACGGUGCUGCAUCCCAGAGCGAGCAAAGAUGACAAAGCAUUGACCGUGCAAGGGGAAGGAGAGAGAGCUGAACCCACAACUGUCCCAGCUAGGAUCCGACAGAUCAUCACACAGAGUCUGGCUGAGCCAUCAUCAUCCCCAGGUGCUGUCUGGGACUUUGGCAGAGACAUAGAGCAGAGACAUCCCGAGGGUGGGGCUUUCAAAGCAAGAACAAAUGCAGGAAAUUAGGAGGUGGGGCUUUGAAGCUCCUAACAUCCCCACAUACCAUGCAGUGUUGGCUCGAUGAUGUUUCUGAAGCCUUCCUCCUUGGAAGAAGUUGACAGAAAAUUCAGUCCACUAUCACCGUGCGUGUGGUAACAGCCUUUCCUCCCUUCCAUUCCAUGCAAAGCAGUCCAUUGGACUCGUUCAGAGUACUAUGUAAAACUAGCAGCUUCUGUUCAUGGUAGAUGAAUCCAAUAUUGCAUUUCUGACUGUGAGCAGGUAGCCUUUCCAGAUGGAAGGGGGGAAAGAGCAAUCAUCAGGGCCAGUCCUAAUAUUGGGCAGAGUGAGGGGAAUGCUUGAGGCAGCAGACAUAGAAAGGGCAGCAAAUGGUUUGCUCUUGGGUACAUGCACCUUGACUUUGCAGCUGGGGAGCAUUUACUGUUCUGCCUCAAGCAGCAAAAUGUCCUUGGCCAACCCUAGCCUAUAGCAAGGGGAGAACAAUGGUCCUAAGUCCAAGGGACAUCCUUUCUUUCAGAUGAUUGCCCUUUUCUUUUAUGUCCCCAAAAGACAUUGUGGAUUUCUCUCUCAUUGCAAAAAUAAAUAAAUUACAGUUGGGAAGAGUUCCUGAACCUUAGUGAUUCUCAGCCGUAGCCACCAAGCAAAGACUGAGGGAGAUAGUUUAGCUCAGGCUUCCAGAAGACAGUAUAAAGUUGUUUGCCGUCAUGUUACAUUUGAGGAUCAGAAAGAUUAAGCAACCUGCCAAGCAACACUCAACGUGCCUGGACACGAGCUGGAAAAUUAGCCCAAGCUUCUCAUAUGGAAGAUCAUCAUUAUCCCUGUAACGAUUGGGCAUGGCUAUCUUGCGGCCUGUGAUUAAUAGGCCCUUUCAAGGCAGCUUUCCUUACAGCUUUGUAAACCCAUGGCCACACUUUUGGCUAGACAUCAUCUGGCCCCAUAACCCGUUUUCAACGCUAGAAAGCAGCCCUGGAACAUACAGAGGGAGAUAAUGAAUGCAGGUGUCUCUUGCUAAAGAACAGUCUUUAGUCCCUGGAACUCUUUUGAAACAUUGGUACUUCGUUUUCAUAGGUUGGCUCAAAGAAUGGUCCCUGUCCCUUAAAAAGGGAGAAAGAAUGCUCUGCUUUGCCAUGUUAAAACAUUAAACUUUUAUUGGAAGAUGCUUUAGCAAAAUAAAUAAGGCAGAUAUCUUGUAUCAAGUACUUGCUUGCUAUCAGUUCUUAGUAUUAAUACAUCCCUUUUGGACAACUUAAGUGCUUAUGCUUUGAAUCCCAAGGUUUUUGUACUAAGGGGUUAAUCCAUAUACCUUGGUAGGGUGAACAUCCUCAGUCUGUUCAUAGGUUGCCUUUCCUGGAACUAGGAAUGAAAUUAUCUGUCAAUUUUAGUUCUCGCAGUUUCUAAUUUUUCUAAUCUUAAAUUCAUUUAGGCAUCUGCGUGUGCAUUCUCUUAAUAAGCACAUUUUUAUAGGUAGUUUUGACUAAUGUGCACAUUUUUGCAAGCAAUUUUUAUACAUGAAUAUAUUUUUGUAAAAACAUCACUUGGUUGGAUAACUCUAUUGCAAAAUUCAGAUAAGUGCAAAUUUAGAAUGGUUGUGUUCCCAUAGUGUUUCAAAAAGUGUGGAUUUGGUAGAUUCACCUUUCACUGUGAACUGAAUUAAAUAUGUCCCUUCUUGCUACCUGCAGCCAACCUAUUCCUUUUAUUGCUGUUUCCAGCUUUGUCAGAAACAGCCUCUGCAGUCAAUAUGCAAGAAGAAAACCGCUUGUUGCAGAAGGAGCUCUCACGCCUUGAGGACCUGUUGGCACAAACUCGUGCGGAGAAGGAUGAGCUGGCUAGCAAAUACCAUGCCGUUAGUGAGAGGGUAAGAUCAACAUUUGAAGAAACCCAUCUUAAAAAAAACAAGCUACUUUUUGUAUGGAACAAUCUUGCAAAAACACAAAUCCAGCUGAGAGCUCCGUCACAAAACAAUUAUCCAUCAUUCUCUCUUGCAGCUGGUGUAGAUUGGCAGCUGAGGACAUACUGACUGGCAACACAGAGAGAAUUAAGAUGGAGGGCUUACUCAUAAGUUCAGAUAAAGCUUACAUUGCCAUGACUCUUGGUCAUGCACACUUCCCCAUGUCCUGGGCAGGUCCUGUGACAUGACAAUAUACAGCUUAUGGACAUUGGUUCCAUUGUUUCAUUUGGCUGCUCUCCCACAAGAACUUACAUAGUAGGUUACAGUUUGCUUUACUCCUUGUAGUCCUGGCUGCCCUUCAAUGCCAUAAACAUAUAUUGAGACCUAGCAAGAGCAGUUUUAAAGAAGGAAGGGCAUUCAGAAUCUGUGGGCUACAUCGCAAAAGUCAGGCUGUAUAUAGGACUAUUGAAGCACCUCGCCGUAUUCUUCGCAAAUGGUUAUCAGUUUGGCUCCAUUUUGUAGUCGCUGAGAGCUGCUUCCAAAUCAAAACACACAUAGAUAGUCAUACACGAUGACCACAUGAGAGAAGGAUUAAAAAAAAUAAAGUGGGUCUAAUAUUACAGUUUGGGGUGAAAGGUGAGACUUGGAUCUGAAAAGAUUGAAAAAUAUAUCUAUCAUUGAGCAUCUAAGCUUUGUGGUGUUUUGGGCUCGUGUAAACCUUAGGAGCACCCAGGCAGAAUUUCGUAAGAAAGACAUUCAAUCAGGAAAAGAUGAGCUAGCAAAAGAACCUUAUUUCGUUGCAGUCGUCUAUGUUUUUUGAUGGCUGGAAGCACCCCUCCCAUUUUCUAUCAAGUUGCACUCCCCUUUUAUAAGAUAGUGGCUCCUGAAUUCAAGUCAGUGCAAGUGCCAUCAGGUUCAGCGUCGUUCUCCAGCUGAAAGUAGAAUACAGUACUGUAAUAAUAUGUUAUGUUGUAAGUAAUUGAGGAGCACCUAUGAAAUAAAUCAAAAUAAUGAGGAAGAGGGCCUUAAUAGAUAAACUAGACUGCUAGGUUGUCUUUCCCAUACUACAGUAGCUUAAGCACACUAUACCUAAGAAUGAAAGGUUAACGUAAGCAUAAUGUUUGGCCAGUAUGUCUUCAUUACUUAGAUGCAGCUAAUAUGUUUUCAAACUGUUUAUUUGUGUGAAAGUAGACUCGGAAACAGAAUGGCAGAGCAGCUGCUUUUAAACCCAACCAACCAUCUAGCAUUCUGCUGCAACAGCGACCAUUUGAAGGAAAAUUGCCAGGAAUCACAUUCUAGUGUGCAAAUGUUGGGGGAUUAUGGUGCGCAGACACAGUCCAUUGGUAUCUCCUCAGGCGUGCUAGAGCGGACAGGAUGUUGGCCCUGUUUUCACACACUGCUGCUUUCUGGAGUAUGCAGUUGCAGGUGGUCAUGGUGCUUAGCUGUUGUGGCCCCUUCCCCGGGAGAAACUGGUGCUUGGUUUGCUGCCUGGAGAACAUAGGGCACAUUCUUGGCUAGACAAAGGUUCCCAUCCAGAGGAGCAUAAAUAAUUAUAAGUCCAAACAAUCCCUGCCUCCAGUCCACAUGACAGGCACGGAGAUCCAGGCCUGACUCAGCAUCAAGCCCUCCGAAAAGCUGUUCCAACAGACUGGGACCGCUGCCCUGCCCCCAGCUGCUUCUUUUUGCUGAAUGGUAGCAAUGGAAUGAAUGCUAUUUGGGAGGCUGAAAGAAGCGGAAUGAAUGGGUGAGGUCUUGAUUCAUGUAGGGCAGGGAUGGAGAACCUUUUUCUGACCAAGCGCCACAUUCCCUCCUGAGUCGCCUUCUGUGGGCUGUGGGUCAGUGGUGGGUGGGUCCAGAGGAACAAGUGGGUGGAGCAACAAAUGUAAAUUUUACCUGUAUAUAGUAGGCUAGUCUUACACAAACUCACACACCCUCCCUUCUCUGUCCUCCAUCUAGGCAAGUAAGAGGCAUUGUCAGAGUUCAAGGACACAAUCCAGCCAAGCAAAAACAGUCAAGGGGGGUGCAGGGCAGGGCCAGUGAAGGAUGUGCCAUGGGAAAUUGGGAGUCUACGAAGGGUGUGUGGCCUGGAAAGAGUCCUGAGGGUUGCACAGUGAGUCCUGGAGGGUGACAUGUCGCCCCCAGACCUGAGGUUCCCCACCCCUGCUGUAGUCGUUGUAAAUUUUGCUAGGCAGAAGAAUGAGCUGCAUUUGAGUUCCAUUAGGAAGCUUUUGCCACCAUUUGCUUUGAGGUUCUAACUACCAAAUCAUAAAUAUAUUCGAGCUGGUGUAUUUCUGAAUGUAGUGCAAAGUGCAGGAUUGUGUGAGACCUAGUAUCUAGGGCACUAUUUGACUUGAAUAAUCCUAUGCAUGUUUAUAAUUUAGUUCCAGUGUGUCUAGUGGGGCUUAAUCUCCUGUAAGUCUGUUUAGUGUUGCAGCUUAAGGCUGCUAUCCUGUACACAUUUACCUGGGCAUAUGUCUCACUGAACUCAGUGAGACUGACUUUUCAGUAAAUAUGCAUAGGAUUGUGCUGUAAUAGUCUCAAGUUUCAUUUUUUUCAAAGCUUGUUUUAUCGCCCUUUAGAUGUCAAGAGACAUUACAAAAUGAGCAAGCAGUGUCUACAGAAAGAUUCUGUGCCCAUCACCACUAUAUUUCCUUCCUUUAAGGCCUGUAGUAGUGUUCUUGUUAGGCACACUGACCUUUCAGCUUCUCCGUAAGUCUCUUCCUCCUGUUCAACCUCCCCCUGCCAAAAAUCUAAAUUUGUAACCAGCCUUAGCCAAUUUGAAACUGAAGGAUUUCAGACAUAUUGCAGUCUGAAAGGAAGAGAGAAAGAAGAUCAUGCAAAUUCAGUGAUUCAUAUUUGCAUGAAUUCUCAUUACAUUUGCGAAAUGUAGGCAUGAAGAUUUUGAGUAUUUGGGAUGUUGAAUGUAUAUUUCAGAGAAAGGAAGUUUCUGUUGUCCAGAGGUCCAGGAACAGCUGGGAGCCAUGCUGGAAACCCUGAAUUCUGCAAAGCUAGAGCUCAUUUUCAAACACAGAUUUAUUUAUUUUCCAUUCAUUUGGUUGCAUCCUGCCACAUUGCUCUUGUAUGACAUCUAAGGAGCCAGGCAUUGGUUCCUUGCUGUUCUGCUCCUGACCCUUGCUCUGCCAUUUGGAUGAGGGAGGGUGUUUGCUUUUGUAGCUGGAGCUCCGAGGAGAGGAGGAAGGAAGCACAAUGUUCCUGCAGAUGAGACAGCAGUUCAAAGAGGAUGAGAAGGCAUACAAGCGCAAGCUGCAAGCCUACCAGGAUGGGCAGCAGCGCCAGGCUCAGCUAGUGCAGAAGAUGCAGAACAAGGUGGGUGGCAUUACCUUGAACAGGCACUACCUUUCAUUAAUGGGAAGAUGGUGGGGUCUCACAGACGGAUUCCAUAAAGACUCAGCAGUGGGGCUUGCUGCAGAAGUUCUCCAUUAUGUUUGUUGGUCCUGUCUUUUUGAUUUAGAAAGCAUGCUCCUUGUACCUGCCUAGCAUUUUCUGUUCCAUGCGUUCUGUAGGGACCAGUACUCACAGGUGAUGAGAACAGCACACCAGGCUUUUUUUAUGAGACUACAAGAAGAAAGAAGCCCCCACCAACCAGCAGUUUCAGUUGUUUCCAUGUGGAUCCAUUGGCAAACAUAGCUUUAGACAGCAUCUUAGGUUCUUAAGAAGUCCUUCCCUUGAUUUGUCCAAAGCUCUGGGGAGGAGCUUUGGGUAUUUUUUAAACAGGGGUGCAGGCAGAGUUCCAGGUCCUUCUAUUCAGCCCUUAAGACUCUUCCGAGGCCACACUCUCUCUAUCCAGACUAUACUCUUCACUGGCUCUGCUGCACGCCCUUCUGGAGUGCUUUUACUUAACAGGCGUGUGGCCUCUUGCUUGUCUGGACUGAGGUCAGAGAGGGUGGGGGCAGGAGGAGAAAACAUCUGCAUGUGCAUGACAAGAAUGCAGACCACUGUAAAAAGGUAAGAGUCACAUCUGUUGCUCCACCCAUUUUGUGACUUGCCACGCCCAUUUUUGCAUGCCUACCACUGCCAUGUGGCCCCAGAAGGUCUAUCUCAAGGGGAUGCAACCCUCGUACUCAAAAAAAUCCCUACCCCUUGUUUAAAGGGCCCCUUUGGUCCUGAUAAUCAGGCGGACAUGUUGCCUUCCCCCCCCCCCAAGAUGGUGCAACUGGAAUAGCCUUCUUUCUUUGGGCCCCUCUCUCCUCCUCAUCCCUAGCUGCUUUGGCAACCACAGUCAUUCCUUGCUUCUGGUUAGCAGCCAUGCUUCCAGCCUUAUUCAGGUGUUCACACAAGCUAGCCUCUUUCCCAGUGUCCCUGCCAUCUAUGUCCCUGCCAACCUUGGUUUCCCUCACCUGCGCUAGGUGCCUGUUGACAGCUUGCAGAAAGUGCAUUUAUUCAUGGUAUCUGUUUUAAUGCUACCAUUCCCCUGACCGUUCCCCACAAGAGGAAUUUACCUCAGGCUUAUUUACUACAGCUUCCAUUUCCUCAGAUGCUCGUCCUCCAUUUCCCAGCUGAUACUCCUAAGAAUCUGUAUUCUGCUUCCUUCAAAUUUACUUUAAGUACAGAUGCUUCCUUCCUUGCUGACCACUGGGGUAGUCAUGUAUUUAUUACAUACAAUGGCUGCUUCUCUCUCUCAAAAAAUGUUCUGGUUAUAGGUCUGGCCUGUCUUGACAGAGAUUAAAAUGGUGCCAGGACACACUCAAAUUCUUCCUCCAUCUUUAUAUAUCAAGCUUCAGACAGAGAAAAGGUCUUUAGGUACGAGAUCCAUGCUGUAAGCAGAUCCCAGCUGAAGAGAAAUAGGGUUUAGAACAACCACCUGUGUGGGAUCCAUUUUGCACGUAGAAUAUGGCCCAAAGAAUUAUACUUUUGCCACCAGAACAAGCACAUGGGGAGAAUAGAUGUUCUCCAGGUAUACUGUUGCAGUGGAAGAGAAAUGAACGUAGAACUUCCGAGUGGGCAACAGGUGACGGGAGGUUGUACAUGGCACAUCCCAAGGUAGUGAAGGUACAUUUCCCCCAUUUCAACUUUUAUUUGUGCAUGCAGUCUGAGGAGCUUGAAUACACCAACUGUGUGGUGCAUGUUCUCUACAGUAAGGAUCAGCUUCUGUCCUGGUGUAAAGUUUUAUGGGUUUUGGUUUUUUUUUAAAAAAAAUACUUGAUCUUCUGGUCAACAAUGCCAGUCAAUGGGGGCAGAACUUGUUACAUUCUUGAACAAUUGCUUGCAUAGGAUAAAGUUUGGGGGUGGUGUUAGACUACAGAUUGACAAAGUUGAUAUCUUGUGCAUAGCUGUAGUGGAACUUAAUACUGUAUGUGACUGCAUACUUCUGGUUCUCUUGGUCUGGCUCUUAUCAUAGUCUGUGUUUUAUUGCACUCACCAACCUCCAUCAGAUGUCAUGGUAGUAGUCCAAGUAAGUUUUCAGAAGUCUCUUUAGAAUUUGUUGAAGACCUGUUAAAGUUGUUGGAUAAAUUGGCCUCGUGGAUCAAGCUUUCAUUCUUCGUGCCUCUUUUAUUCCUGGUAAGUAGCUUCGCCUGGGCUGCUGGUUCCUUCCUUUGUUCUCUCUUGUCUUCUCUUUUAAUUCUCUUUACCUAAGGCUUGUACCCAGUGCAGUGCUAAGGAACCAUCCUGUCAGCACAAGGAUAGACACUUAGAAUCAUGGCAUUGCAGAAUUGGAAGGGACCUCAAGGUUCAUCUGCUCCAACCCCCUACAAUGCAAUGGGACUUUCCUCUUUUUCUUUUCUCCAACCUACACUCCUCUAAAUCUAUUUUGACAGUCCCCCACCCCUACCCCGUAACCCUCUGGUGCAAAUUUGGGGAGGGGACACAUGGGGGAAGUUCCAUGGGGCAAGCAUAAAUCCUUGCGCUGAUGUGAUGGUUUCAUAGCAGUGCCUUGCUGCUUCUAUUCCCUGGCGUAGAUGCUGCAGUACAAGAAAAGAUGUGGGGAGCUGGAGCAACAACUGCUGGAGAAAACCUCCGAGUGUGAGCAUCAGAAACAGAUGGUGCGCAUGGCUUUUCUCAUGCUAUAAAUGAUUGUGAUGAAGCAUGUGGCAGCCUGACUGUUAGCACUGUGGGCAAUUUGUAGAUCACUGUCCCCUCACGCCAUGCACCUUUAAUUGGAGCGAGCGCUUGGCAGACAGCCUAGCCUAAUGACAUACAUGGUACAAGUAGUCUUUGUGUAGUUCAUAUCAUUUAAAGACUCCCACUGGUUUUCUGAAUGUCCAGUUUGGCGGUGUUUUGUGUGUGUAAAGUACGGGCCAUAUAGGCAACCAGUGGAGUACUUUUAUUUUAUGAAGGACGUUCUGGGUACAAAGCCUUUUUCACAACAGUGUAAUAAUAUUAUGUAAGGCUAAAGCCUGUGGGGUUUAGAGGGGAUUAUAAUUCACAGAGGGGAACCUAUGCAUGACUACAAUUAUAUGUGAAAAGCCUAAACACGGAGCGGUUCUUAAAAGGCAAUUAUCGCCGCGCUUUAACUAGAGAUCCCUAGUGCCUCACAGUGCAAUUUGAGCAGGAGAAGGUGCAGAAAGGGGCAACCAAAAUGAUCAUGUAGUUGAAGCAACUUCCCUGCAAUGAAAGGUUACCACAUUUGGGGCUUUUGUAGUUCAGGAAAAAGGUGACCAGGGCAGGGGAACAUGACAUGCUGGUGUGGAAAAAAGGAUAGAAAGUCUUCCCAUCCACAUCUAGCCUGUUGCCAUCAUAUUCUUUCGCUUCACAUUUUUUUACUACCCAUGAGAAGAGUUUAGCUGAAGGAACUAGGCUCUAGGAAUUCUUAUGACAUGAUAGUGUCAUGUGAAGAAAUACAGAGCUAUGUGGGAUGAUUACCUCUCCCACGUCUAUGAAAAAACCCUGCCCAGAACCUGUUUUAUUUCUGAGGGUUUAGGAAAUGGCUGUCUUUAAUGCUGCCUACCUUUUCUCCCAAUCACAGACCUCCCAAAUCCAAAUAUUUAUUUUUAAAAAGCAGUUUCGGGAUUCUGAGAAAGUCUCCUAUUGCCUUAAACAGAUUCUGUGCUGUACAACAUAUAUGUAAGGACAUGCAUAUUUCUAAAGCUCCGGCCAGCCAAUCAUUCUGUGCGCUGCUUUAAUAUUGAUGCACAAUCCGUCAUCUUUCUAGGCGCAGAUGAGGUUAGACUCAACGGAGUCGCAUUUACUCCGCUUUGAGCAUGACCACAAUACAGAGCUGGAGAGCACUCUCAUCCACCUGGAAGAGGAGCAGCAGAGGUGAGGUUGCCAUUUGCUUCAGGGGGUUUGUUUAUAUGGUACAUUUGUAUACUGGCAAUACUGCUCUUCAGUGAUCAGCUGAUCAGUGGUUAUGGUAGCCUCCUUUGAAGACACCAGUCAGCUGGUUGAGGCAGAGAGAACACCUUCAAAGAGGUUUGCUGCAACUGCUCAGCGCCGGCAGAGAUCCCUGCUUUUGAAAGCACCAUCAAGAGUUCCUUUAAGCUCCUGAUAGACAACUGUAUCCUGCCCCACAUCUGAUGCCACAGGAUGCCAGGUGUGGGGCAGGUGGCCAUGGUUUGUAGGAAAUGGCCUUGCCUCACCUGGGAGCCAUGCUGGGCAUAAUUAGACUCGUAUGCUAGAGGUCCCCCACUGGUGACUAUUUCUUUAAAUUGUGGUCAUGGUAUUUUAACCAUAGGAAUGGUAUAAAUUAAUGUUCCAUUUGAAGUGUACAACUGUAUGUCAUUGAACUUUCAUUUGAUGGUAGCAGCAUCCCUGAAUCUAUUACUGCAAAUCAUGAACAAUAUUUUAGGUGUGUCAGAUCCAUAUUCCAUUCCUUUUAUCCUAAGCUGGGGUGGGGAACCUCCAGCUCACUGGGCUUCCCCAUUCGCCCAUGAGGCCAUUAUGGGCAACCUUUACCUCCCUGCCCUAUGCCUGUUGUCAUACAAAUAAGGGCAGGUCUUGUCCCAAAGGGUGGGACUUGCUCAAAACCCACCAUUUUUAUUAUUAUUUAGUACAAAGCCUUUGUUGUGACUAAUGUGGUUUGAUAUACAUAAAGACAUAGAGGAAUUCUUGGAUUCAAAAGAACUAGUGCGCCAUAUUGUGAUUGUGGAGGAAAACACUGUCCUUGGCUUUCUAAUUUUUUGUCUUAGGAGCACCAGUCUUUCCCAGAUGAAUACUCUUCUUCGGGAACAGCUGGACCAGAUGAACUCCUCAAAACAAAGACUAGCAGGGGAGUUGGAGAGGGCAACUGCUGAAGUGCACAGGCUGAGGAGUGAACAGAAGGAGUCCCAGUGGCACAAGGGCAGGGAGGUACAACAUAUCCUAUUGGUUGCUUUUUGAAAUGCCAGGCAACAUAAUGAUUAGAAAUCCAUUUUCUUCAUGUUGCACCAUUGUACUAUACACCUGUAGCAGAUUUGGCACUGGGAGUUUUUUUGUACCAAUUCUUUGCUCAACUCAGCAUCUUGUUGGGUUGGCUGUUCAUAGGAUCAGUACUCCAGAAAAUUCAGAGUCAACUAUCGCUGUUUCAUCUUCAGUACCUUCACUGGUUCAGCUCAUGGUCCCUCCAGGCUGCUGUUUUAUUAUUUUGAUAUUUUAUUUUUUAAAAAACCCUCAAAGCGGUUUACAAAAAGAUAAGAAAAUCAAGAAAAAUGUACAGCCCUAUUUUAAAGCAGACAAAAGUUAAAAUACUAAAACUGAUUAAAAUUACCUCCAUUUUCUAAGCAUCUAGGUAGGCUUGUGAUUAAAAUUACCUCCAUUCUCUAAGCAUCUAGGUAGGCUUGUCUAAACAGGAAUGUUUUUAGCAGGCGCUAAAAUUACUACACCCAUGCCUUGGUUGACGAACGCCUUGCGACUCAAAUGUUUUGGCUCCCGAACGCCACAAACCUGGAAGUUGGUGUUCCAGUUUGUGAAUGUUCUUUGGAACCUCAAAUGUCCAAUGCGGCUUCUGCGGCUUCCGAUUGGCUGCAGGAGCUUCUGGCAGCCAAUCGGAAGCCGCGCCUUGGUUUCCAAACAUUUUGGAAGUCGAACAGACUUCCGGAAUGGAUUCCAUUCGACUUCCGAGGUACAACUGUAUUUCUCCAGUUCCAGUCCUUUGGGGAGUGCCAUAGCCCGUAUUCCCUCUUUCCUUGCAGUCCUGUUGUUGGCAGUGGGAGCUUUCCUCUGAAUGCCUAUAUAACAUGCCUAUAUUGAAUGCCUAUAUUGAAGGAGCAACUGAUCUGGCUCAGGACUACAGUGUUGGCAAAGGGUUCAAUCCCACUCUCCCACCCACCACCCACAUUGUCCUGUUCAAGCCCAGCCCCCAGCCCCCGCUGUUUACCUUAAAAACAAACAAUGCUAUUGCUAGUUGCUUGCAUAAAAAUCAUUUAUAGUUUGGCCCCUACUCCUUCUUUUGCGGGGGGGGAGCUCCUUUUCCCUCUUCUCUUACUGUCCCCUCUUUUCUAUCUCAUAAAAAAAACCCCAGAUCAAAAUAAACUCUCUAGAAAAUAAAUGUUGGUUGUGGACGCUGCAUUUUUGAAUUUAUUAUGCAUUGUAAAUCCAGCUUGGGUUUGGCAGAGUAUUUGUAUUUGGCAAAAUGCAGAGUUCCUAGUUAGCAAAGGCAGUGUGUGUUUUGGUUCAAUGAAUAAGCAUCUCUCCUCUCGAAAAGGACACAGGCCAACUGCUAAAGAGUUUUAUCUACAAGACUGAGGGGUACUGAACAUUGUACAGGGUUAGUGAAUUCAGAAUUGUUGUCAUGUAUCAACAGUUUUGCCUUGGGUUUGUUUCCGAAUGCGUAGAGUACAGUUUAUUGUAAACUUGCCACACUGUUCACUAUCUGGAAUCUGCCCCAGCCAUUGCUUUCAGGGAUAUGCGUGGGUCCAUCGGUGAAGCCAGUCUGCUGGUCCCACCAAUAGGCCCAUGCUGGCUUGAUGUCACCUUGCUCUGUCCUUCUGCAUCCUCAUCCAGAUAAGCUGCAGCACACAGCUCAUGCUCAGUAUAGCUGACUAAACAAAACCUUAUGCCUUAGCAUUACUGCAAACACAAAUAGCACCAUUUCCUAAUCCUUCUCUCUUGUGCCAGCACCUUUGUGGUUUCCUUUUUCUUUGCCAUCCUCCCUUGUUUGGCUCUUACUUAGGUUAAUGGCGCUGAAACUCCAGCACAGGCACAAAUCCAGAAUUCUUUCUUCCACCUGAAAUUUCAUGAUAUCUCCUAUGCUGCUAGAAGGUUAAUGCCACAUCACUACACUGAUGUUCCUGGCCACCAGAAAAAAUUGGGAGUGUUCCAACACUCACAGUAAAACCCUCUUGGCCAAGUUGUCCUUGACUCUGCUGCUUCAAAGAUAAAUUAUUCCCAAUCUUCAUAAUUAUCUUGCUUGUAAAUGCCGGCUGUAAACAAGCUGUGUACCAAAAUAUGUAAUACUUGGCCUUCGCCCAUCACUUUUCUUGUUGGGUCAACAUGGACUAUUAGUGUUGAAGUGAGAAUUGUUACACUGGAGUCAGUUGUACUUCUUGGCUCUCUGCUCUGUUGGCAUUGUUUCAUUCAUCUUAGCAGCUUCAUCCCGCUAACCUUGAAUAUUUUGCUACAAUUCACUGAUUCUCUGUCUAUAUAUCUUUGGAGAGUCUCCCCCUCCAUUGGCCUGCUUUUUGUUCUUCUAGGUUCUCCCUGAAUAUGAUCUGUCCUGAUUGAGAAGCCAUUUGUCUCUCUCUGACUCUCUUUCUUUGACUGCCCCUCUCUCAGAACAAACAGAGUGAUCUUGGCCAUUCUGAUUCCAUAACGGGCUGUUGGCAUUUUUAACCCAGUGACACUUCUAUCGUGUCAUAUUUGCCACUGCUUUAGUAUUUCCAUACCCUAUUAACCAGAUGUAGUAGUGCUCUAGUUAAAAUUGCUGUUGGAUUACCCUUCCAUGGAGCUGAGACCACCAAGGCAUUGCUGGAGCUCUUCCAGUAUUAUGAAAGAGCUCCUCUGUGAGAAGGAGUCUGGAUCCAAUAGGAAACCUUGAAAACUCCAGUUCUAAACAGCAAAGCCUUUGGUGGUGUUAUUUAUUUAUUUAUUUAUUUAUUUGGACUGCAGAACAAUAAUCUGUAUGUAUAGAUUUCUUUUACAAGCACUGAGACAUACUCAUGUGUACAGCAAAAUAUUAGCUCAUAUAUACGUUGGCCAAGUUCUGAGCUCAGAGCUCUUAUUUGCUCAGCCAGAGUUGAUGCCAGCCUCGCUACAACCUUGGAGAGGAAGCAUUUCGUUGAGUUCCUGGUUUGCAUUUUAACAGUUUUGUUGUGUGUUUCGGGGAUGACGCAGCAGUAUCCCUGCCUGGCUUGAAAGUAAUAUUUAUUGGAAACUGAAGGUUAGUUGCGAGUUAUUUAUUUAACAUUUGCUGCCUUACUUUUCCAAACGUCCAUCGCAGCUUGCAAAACAAGAAGUGCCAGGAAAGCAAACUAGUGAGUUGUAGGUAAAUUUAAAUAGUAUCUUCUGUAACACUUCUACUUGCCAGCAGCAGGGGCAAAAACAUUCUGUUUCCCAUGCCUUACUCAUAUAGGACCUUGAACAGAUUUUGGAAGAUGGUUUAGUAUAGCGAGUAAUACAAAUGGGGGUCGGAGGGAGGUAACUCUCUGCAGCUCUCAGUUAAUAAAAUGUUGAAGUGCUGGGACCGGUGACAUGUUCGUAUCCUGUUCUCUCCGUCAUCCUUUGCAGAGUUACACUUCCUAUUUAAGCAGCGAGCACAGUGGGAUCCUGCUGCUGUGGCGUCAAGCCGCCACACUCCGUGGCAACUUUGCAGAGCUCCGCACAACCAUGGAGAGGUGGGUUCUCCCUCAAUGUAGCAGCACUGCUACAAGAGGGACCCUGAGGGCUCUCUAGAAAAUGCCUGAAAGAUUUGCCUGUGCUGUUGAUGCCCUCGUAGGGGGACCUUGUUGUUUAAAAAUAUUGGGUGUCAUCAGGUCCAAAAACACCAAUGUGAAGCAUUUAGGGAGGGACAAAAUAUAUCCCAGUUGCUGGAAACCAAAGCAGAGUAUUGCGUGGACAGGCGGAGUCCCCCCAACCCCAGGCGCCCCCCGAGUGGAAUAAUGACUCAAGACAACGUGCCAUGGGAUUAAAAUUGGCCACAACUUUAUUAAAUUUCAGGCUCAAGCAUUGGGCGUUUAUCCUUCCCAGUCCCCAGCCGGGGAUCUGGGAGACUUCAGGGUUAUCCAGAAUGUGUGGGGCGUGGACUGGCUUUGGAGAACAUAUGUUCAAGCAGAGAGCCCGUCCCCCAUUUCGCUGCAAUUGGAGGGGAGAGCAAUGACAACCUCUCGGCGUAUGGCCAAUGCCUCCCCUCAAGAACCCUUUAACAGGGAACCCUGGUAUCACUGCCGCAAGGGGGGCGUGGGUCACCACUUCACGCCCCCCCUCCAUUUAGGAAGAUAGACUAAAGGAUUCCGCCCAAGGCCUGAAACUGCCAAAGUUGUGACAUUUUGCUACGGGAAAGGCAAAACCUGCCAAUGCAGGGAAAUUCCUUUCCGGCCCUUCAACAGCGACCCUGACGUAGUAGUGCCUGCAUACCUGUGGAGAAGAGGUUAACCUGCAAAGGAGACUUAACUGAAGGAGGGGAGGGUGGGAGAAGCUCUGGAGCCGACUGCCACUUCGCAGGUAAGAUUCACCUUCUGUUGUGUGGGCAGGACCGUCCCUCCCCUUACCUAGCCAAUCCCCUGGCAAUGCCUCCCCAGGAGGGAUUGGGCGAUUGGCUGAGGUAGGCGGAGACCUCCAGGUAUCCAGCCUGGGGAGGAUGAAGUCAGCCUGAACUACCAGGAGUUGCACUGGGAUCUGGGGGGCUGCGCACGACCACACAAAAGGUGCCCCCAUUUGAUGUGGGAGCGGUCAUUGUGCCUGGGUUCUGCUUGUGGGUUUCCUGCAGGCACCUGAUUGGCUACAGCAAGAACAGGAUGCUGGACUAGAUGGAGCAUUGACCUGAUCCAACAGGUUCACUUGCGUUAUUAUAUCUGAAAACCAUGACCCUAUGGCCUAACCCUAAAUAGAACCCAUCCCAGCCUUCAACUGGAACUUCUGGCUCUCAGCUGGCCUUGCCAGAGACAAAAUGUGUGAAUGCUGAAUGAGAAAAGAUUUUUACUCCCUCAUUACCAGAGGUCUCACUGAGGCAGGGACUGACAUGGCAAGAGCGGCCCGCCGCCUCCAGACCGCCUGCCUCAACUUGGAUUCCAACCUGCGCCUCUCGGAAAGCAGCUCCACCUGUUUGCUGGAGAAGCAGCUUCGGGAGAAAGUCCGGGAGAUGAUCCAGCUGCAGAGCCAGUGGGAUGGAGAGAAAGCUGAACUGAACUCCAGGUUAGAAGAGCAUUCGCAGGUGCCUCUGGUCUUCGGGGCACACGCUUUUAAAGUGGGGUAAAAGUUUGCCCAUUGCUAUAUCCAGCGUGGGUGGCGCUGUGGUGUAAACCACUGAGCCUUGGGCUUGCCAAUCGGAAGGUCAGCGGUUCGAAUCCCCACGACUCGGUGAACUCUCAUUGUUCGGUCCCAGCUCCUGCCAACCUAGCAGUUUGAAAGCACGUCAAAGUGCAAGUAGAUAAAUAGGUACCGCUCCGGUGGGAAGGUAAAUGGUGUUUCCGUGCGCUGCUCUGGUUUCGCUAGAAGCGGCUUAGUCAUGCUGGCCACGUGACCCAGAAGCUGUACACCGGCUCCCUCGGCCAGUAAAGCGAGAUGAGUGCCGCAACCCCAGAGUCGUUCGCGACUGGACUUAACUGUCAGGAGUCCUUUACCUUUAUAUCCAGCAGAAUCAACCCACUGAUUGCAAUGGGCUUGUUAGUCAAGUUAAGUCAAUGGAUUUCAUUGGGUCCACCCUGAGUAUGACCUGACACAGCCCAUUUCUCUGGGUCUGUGAAUCAUGGCACAAUAAUGUGUUGUUGUUAUUGCUGUUGUCAUUGCAUUUAUAUUCCACCUUUCCUCCCAAAACUUCAAGGUGGCGUACACACUUUUCUCCCUCUCCAUUUUAUCCUGACAACAACCACCCUGUGAAGUAGGAUAGACUGAGAGACGAUGACUAGCCCAAGGCCGUCCAGUGCUCUUCAUGGCUGAGUGGGGAUUUGCACUUCCUUCACAUGGCACAUAGUUAAACUAUGGAACUUGUGAUGGCCACCAACUUUAAAAGAGGAAUGGACAAAUUCAUGGAGGACAAGGCUAUUAACAGCUACUAAAUCACGAUGGCUAUGUUCUACCUCCACUGUCAGUUGCUGGGAAUCACAGGUGGGCAGAGUGCUAUUGCAUUCCUGUCCUACUUACGGGCUUCGCAUGGGCAACUGGUUGGCCACUGUGAGAACAGGAUGCUGGACUAGAUGUGCCAUUGGUCUGAUCCAGCAGGGCUCCUCUUAUAUUCUUAGUCCCUCAGGUCCUAAUCCAACACUCUAACCACUACACCACACUGGCUCUCUUAGAAUGGAAGGCAAUUUUAAUGGAGGGGGCACUCUCUGUGAUGUCUAUGCAUACCCAGUUUUUGCUUCCGGUAACCCAGAGGUGGCAUUGGGACAAAACAAAGAAACAUAUUUGCAUGUCACAAUCUCAACUGUGAUCAGUGACUAGGGCACUGAAACAAAAGGAAGAGCUGGCAGCCAGGUCAGGAGAGCCAUUGAUGCAAGCUGGCAUGAUGGUGCCCAAGUUGAAUAGCAAGGAGUACCUUGAGCCAGCAUCCCCUGCAAGGUGGGUUCCUUGGAGAUAGCAGCCCCCGAGCUGGAGUCUUGAAGGACUAGCACUCUCAGGAACAAAGGCUUCACACUUCCCAGUGCUCAGUUGCCAGUGCAACCAACACCACUGGCAAGAAGUAACAGAGAGGCAAUGGAGUGCUUGGUUCUAGCCCAGAUGACUACUCUUUGAGGCUCUCUGCUCCUUGGGGAGUGGGGCAGAGCCUGUAAGGAGUAGCCUGGUCCAGAGAGGAUGUAAAGGCAAACUGGGACCUAGGAACUAUUAGAAAAAGUUGUCUGCUCUCUGGGAUAUCUGGGGGGUACUAUAGGACUGUAAAUCUGACAGCUCUUGUUCUCCAUUGGUUCUUGCUCUUGAAUUGGGUCCACACCAUCUGGAUUCUUAUUGACUGUUCUCUCUAUCAACCCAAGACCUCUUGCUGAAUCUGCUUUCUCCCAGUCCUUGUGUGGACUUGUCCUGGACAGUACAUAGUGGGAAGGGAAGCCUUUCUGAAGCUACUUUCAGCUCUUAAAAAUUGUUGUCAGGCCUCUGACCCUGUAUUCUUUUAAUGUGAUGUGUGAAUUUGUGGCUUAAUGAUCCCAAGAGUAUGAAGAAUUGAGUCUUUUAAGGUCAUAUGUUUUCACUCCUGAUCAAUCCGCCACCUAUGCCUGGUUUGUGUCUUACAGGAUUGCAGAGUUGACCACGUUAGGAGAUAAACUUAAAGAACAGAACACAAAGAAAGAGAAGACCAUCUCUGCCCUAAAAAUGGACAUUCAGAAAUUGGUAUACGUACCCACAAACCCCCCUUUCUGUCACUCUCUCAGUCAAACACACAUAGCCUUACCGACAUAUACAUCCUCACAAAAAUGCACAGCCUAAUACAUACACACUGGCUUGCACUGCCACACACACCUGCCUUCUCAUACUUUCUGUGCCCUUUCCCCAUGUCCAUUUCUGAGAAACUGCUUAUCUUUGAACACUAGGAGGCCAGUAAGACUGGAGAUCUAGAAGAGGUGAAGGACCUGAAAGAAGAAAUCGAAUAUUUGCAACAUAGCUUGAACAGCAUCACAAAGGUGUGCGAAACUUUGACCUACCCUGUAAUCCAGUUAAAUUGCUAUAUAUAUAUUCACAAGACGACUCUGACUCACUCUGUGUAAUUUGAUGGUAGACAUCUAACUUGAGUAGAAAUUGAUGCUCGAUUCACUAGGAAGUUCUUACACAAGCCCAGCUGAAAUUAAAGGGUGCUAUAGUGAGAGAGAAACCUAUAGAACACCAUCUGCUUUCUCUCUCACCACCACUAUUUGUUGGUGGUACUCACCAUCCUCCAUUGGGCUUCUGGACAUGCAUCAGUGGUAGGCAGUCUGCAGCCAUUUUGAACUUGAGCUAAGUUUGUUUUCCAUCAUUGGUGGCUGCCAGCAGUGUUAACUUACCCCAAAUGUAAAGUCUCUAUGCAUAGACACAAACUUCUAGCCCGAUCCAGACCCACUAAAUCUCAUAGACCUGUGAUGGAAUCUGCCAGGCCUCUUUAGCAGUCUCUUCUUACAACCAUAGUCUCACAGAGUUAGGGUGGGGGAUGUGGGGAACCCACUUAGUUCAACCCCAGUCUCAUUACGGUAUAAUAACUUGUGAUGGAUUUGACUGGCAUUCACUUCUUCUCAACCCUCCUCCUAGCUGGCUUUGUCUGAAUCCAAGAGCACAGGACUCGGUUCCUUGGAAAGUACAAGAACCUCGUCAGAGGAAGACACCCUAUGGCAGACCUCCCCUCUGCGCUCCAGCUCUCCCCACCGCCGGCGGGUAUCACCAUCUCGGGUACACCCUUCAUCACUUCAGAAUGCAGCACUGCAAGCAGUUCGUGUUGCUAUCCAGAAAUCACAGCAGCAUGAGCAGGUUUGGAUAUCCUGAGUUGACGGUUAUAAAUCUGAGAGAGAGAGAGAGUACAGUGAUACAGUCAUCUAAUGCUUCUGACUUACAGUUAUUUCAAAAUAUGUAUAAAAUUCUAAAUUUCACAGAGUAUUGAAACCAGGAGGUGCUGCAACAAUGGCCUCCCAGCUGCAGCGUCACUGCUGCUGCUUACUGGGAGGGGCGAGACAGGGAGGUUGGUGCUGUGCAGGUGCACCAAAUACGGCACUUUUGCUUCUUCACCCACACUGCCCUGACCUGGCUGGAUUUCACCAAGAGAAAUUGGCAACUCCUUCCACCAUCCCCUGGAGCUCUUAGUGCACCUGCUGCCACAGGAACUCCCCCCCUCAAUCCUGGCCUUUGUCAGUGUAACAGCUGCAACACCCUUUUGCACUGGCUCUUAGUGUCCAUAUCCCUUGUGCAUGCAGGCAGCAUGGCCAAAUGAUGGAGCUUGGGAAGCCAGCUUUCAGAUAUAUGAAUGCAAUGUCUCUUCUGCACAUUUUGGGUUUACCCAAACCACAGAUUUCUGUAUUUAUUUACAAAAUCCGGCUUCCCUGGCUAUAGAGACUCAGCUCCUCAGCGUCAUUGAAGGUGUUGAUCACAGCACUUGCCCACCUGUUAAAUGGGGUACCCCCCCCUGUGCAUAUUGUGUUGUAUGAUGUGGAAGAGGCUUCCUGCUUGCUCCCUCUCUUUUUUUUAAAUGAACAGGAGUUGCGUGUGCAGCUGGAGUCUUGCCAGGAUGCCCUGGGAACUGUCAAGAAGCAGCUCGCUGACUGCCAGCAGGAAGCGCAGGCAGCAAAACAGCGGCUGCAGGAAGAGAGGCAGGAAUGUGAAGAGCUGACCCAGUCACUGGAGGAUUGCAGGAGGGAACUGCAACGCUGGAAAGCCUCAGUGGAGGUGCUCGGAAGGUGAAAGAGGGAGCCUUCAGAUCUGUUAAUGCUUUUGAGUGACAUGGCUCUGACUCAGUCCUUCAGGUGGUUAAGUAGAUUGUGACCUUCAGAUAAGCGUCUCAGAAAGGAAGCCAUCGCCCUCUGUAGUGACGCGUCAGUGACUGGAAACUCCCUAUGCCACGCAUCCCUUCACAUCUGAGGACGGUCCACAGCUCAGAGAUAAGAGCAUUUAGCUCUUGGCAUCUCCAGGCUUGGCUGGGAAAGACUCCUAAAGAGCCACUGCCAGUCAGUGUAGACCAGCCUCUGCCAACCUGGUCCCCUCCAGAUGUUUUGAAUAGCAACUCCCAUCAGCACCAGCCAGCACAUCUGGAGGUGCCACAAUGGCGAAAGCUGGUGUGUGUAGAUUAUACUGAACUAAAUAGGCCAGCUAUGUGACUCAAUAUAAGGCAGCCUCCUGUGCUUACCUAAGGGCAGCACAUUCAUGAUACAGUUUGACUUGGGUUGGUGGGUGGAUGAGGAAUAUUGAACAACUCACUUUUCCAUAGUAACAUAAAGGGGUCUCUUGUUUUGAUGAUGUGAUUUCACACCUCUGCACCCAUUUCUGUUGUGGUCGUCAGCCAAAGAGAUGUAAAGUGAUUCUUAAAGUGAUGAUGAAACAAUGUCUUUGGGAAUAACAUGCAUCAGCAUUCGUUGCUGCCAAAGGUUAUCAAAUGCCUCUCCCCACUAGCCCCAACAGUAUUACAGCAGUGUUAUUUAUCUUGGACGCAUAUAAAAGGGUAUCUGUGAAAUUAAUUUGUCGUAGGAAGGUCAUUGGGUAGCAUAGAAUGGCACCUGCUCUAUUGUUCCUUGUUGGGGAUUUAAAAGAAGAACUUUUGCUGCAUUUUGACAGGUUCCCCCUCCUUGCCCCUGUUUAAAUUAUUUGAAGGAUUCACUAAAUCAGCCUUCCCCUACCUGGUGCCCUCCAGAUAUUAUUGGACUACAACUGGUUGGGGAAAGCUGCACUAAGUUGUAUGAGAAGUGUACAAAUACAAUGGAUGGAUAGAUGGAAAGGCAGGCAGGCAGGUAGGUUGAUAGAGGCAUUUUUGCUGCAGAUACAUUUCAUGUUACAGCAUAUUUGAGUCUGGAUUGCAGCAUUCAGUACCCUGGCUUUUGGCAGAGGGUCUGAAUAGAUGGCUUUUAGUUGCUUUGCACUAUGUUUCUAUGAUUUUGUUCCCUGCCUCUGGAAAACUUUUUUUCUGUUCAAGGCCUUUGGUGGGGCAGGAUUAAUUGCCUUCCUCCUGCCUGCCCCUUCUCUGCAAGAAAGUAAGCCCACCUACUUGCAAAAGAGAAGUGGCGGUUGGUCACUAAAAGCAGGUGGAGGAAGCAGAGCAUGUAUUUCUACCCCAAGACAAACGGGGGCCUGUUUUCAGGGUGCAUUAUCUUGACCCCCAGGUUGCUCAUAUUUUGUCUGUUUUUUCGCUCCCCAGAAAGAAGGAGGCCACAGAAAUGGCAGUGGAAAGCCUGAAUCAGCAGCUUGAUUCCUCCCAUCUGGAGGUGGAGCGGCUGAAGACUAUGAAUGGAGAGCUGCAGAGACAGCGAAAACUCCUGGAAGAACAGAAGGAGGAUGUCAUUAAGGAAAGGGAGAGAACGAAGAAGGAGCUGGAGCGGGGGUGAGGUGCUGCAGUUGUGUCCCUAGUGCUUUGAUGCACAAGGCAAUCCUGCUCUCUGUGCUGGUCUUCAAAGACUUUUCCAGAUUCUCACACUUGGGCAGAUAGAUAUCCUUUGCUAAUAAUGUUGGCCGUAGUUUGUGUGAAUUAUCAGCGCUGCAAGCCAUGAUAGCUGUAUUCUGCCUCAGAAGCAGUGAGCCUCUGCGUGUCAGUUGUUGGGGAACAAGAAGGAUGUGGUCAUGAAAGAUAGCUGUAAUAAUGGAAAUCAAAAAUUGAACGCCAACGACAUUAAUUGGCAUCCCAAAGUGUAUCGGCACAAUGAGUUAAGCGUAAUCUGGCUUGGCUGGUGCAAGGCAUAGUUAGACCUUUUCUUCUUCCUCAGGCAAAGAUCCCUGGAGCAGCUUGAGGAAAGGAUGUCUGCCCUGAAGAAAGAGCUGGUGACAGUCAAGGAGACUUUGAACCAAGCCAUGCUGGAGAAGGAUAUGCUAGAGAGUGCGAAGGAAGGCUUGAGCGGAGCACUUUCCAAAGUAAGGGUGGCCAGUAGGCACAUUCCAUAUGCCAAAUAACUCUCCUCCUGCCAGAUGGGUGGGGUACAAAUAAUAAAUUAUUAUUAUUAUUAUUAUUAUUAUUAUUAUUAUUGCCCUAACUGAGGAUAUUGUCCUCCCCUUUAUGUUUCUAACUAUUGCUGACAUGGCCCCCAAUCCCCCAACCCCCCAGCAUCUAUUUGCUUUUCUUGGAAAACAAAAUCUUGAGUUUUCUAUAUGUGAAGUAAUUACGUAUAGCAUUGUAAAAGCUAUAAAAGGAUUUUAUCACACAUAGUCUUGUGUAGUCAGAUAGGAAAGGAAGCCAAUUAAAGAAAAGAGGCGACAGCCUUAAGAACAAAGUAUGGGAUUGUCCAAAGUCAAGGAUAGGAACAGGCAGCGGCUAAGUCCAGAGGUUGUGCAAAAGCAGGACUUGACUGGCAGCAAGUACAGAGACUUGGGAGGCAAAGGUACAAAGCACAAGUUGUAAAACAUUUACUGUUUGUGUAUAUUUCUUGUUUAGCCACCUUGAACUUUUCAGGAAAUGUGUUUUUAAUCAUCGUUAAUUCAGUUUAUUAGCCACCCAUAAUAAGAGUUACCUGGGCAACAUGCAAAGUAGUAAUAACAGCAGCUUAGUGCAACUGGUAGCCUGUCGCUGUCCACUUCUAGUACCAGGGAGUCUGGAGGGAGAGGCUAGUAUUGUUCCACCAGGCUAAGGCCAUAGAUCUGUAAUGGUUGGGUUCCAGGGUUUUAUGGAAAAGCCCUUGCCAAAAGUCUCAGGAGCUUGGUUUAUUGCAAAGCCAUGCCAGGCAGAAAGGCACAGUGCCCUUUUACUCUGGAAAAUGUCACCGAAUAUUUGCUUUCCACGUGGGCUUCUAUUAGUGCCUGGUAUGGAGGAAGGGGAAAGAGAAUGAAUGUAAAAUCAUAGCUGUUGUAUCUUGAUAGCCAGUGCUGACAUUUGACUGUGAAUCCCAGAGACUUAGCCAGGAGGGCAGCAUUACUGAGUCUGAGACAGUCCAGUGCUCUAGAAGAACCAGAUUUCAUUCCUGACAGCUUCGGUCCCUUAUGUUUUAAGGGGAAAGCAGAACUGUGGGUGAGGUGCCAUUGCAUGCCAUCACAUCAUCAGGACUUGAUAUUUGAAAACAGUAAACUGUGUGCUAAGUUUAAUCUCUUUUCUUGGAAAUAAUGUGCCUGCCAAGGCCAUGGUCCAAUAAAGUGUUAGGGCAGGCCCUGAAUGAGUAACUAUUUUGGUAAAACACUCUUGUGAACACUGCCCUAGCAGCUCAGAUUGGCUCUGCUGAAGUGAGUAGCAGAUCUCUUUGCCACCCACACUUUGGCUAGAAUGAACUUUCAGGGGGAAAACUAUAUUUUCCUAACAUAAUAUUGCCUGGUUAUGUAAUGGACUUGAUCUUAAAGAGAAAAAUAGUGUUAACUUUUGUAUGCACAAAUGCUAAGGAUUCCCUCUUCCCUUUUUUAGUUUCAGGGUGUUUUCUGUUGUUUUUUUAAAGGCACUAAUUGGUAUUAAAUUGAAUGUGGAAUGGACAAAUAGAUCCUUUUAAAAAAGUUUGGCACAGGCCAUAUGCAGAUACAGAUACAGAUAUAUUUAACAAAGAAAAAACCUCAAGGAUAGAUUUUUAAACAAACACAGUAAUAAUAAAAAAAUGUUCAAACAUGGCAAAAGAGAGGAGGUCCUCAGACCACUACAUAAUGGAUAGUGGGUAUUUAUUCUUUCAGGCUUGAAGUAUAAGUCUCUUGGCCAUAAAGGCUUAAAACAUUCACUUUUGUCUUCCUGCUAUUAAUCCCCAAGCUGUAGUAAUAUAGUUUAAAAGUACCUGAACAUAUGCAAAUAUCAAAUAUUUUGCCCAUGCAAAAUUUACAUGGACAGCAACUUCAGACCAAAAAUAAUAUAUCUCACUGGACAUGCCCACAUCAUAUGCCUCAACAAGGCCCUUUUAGCAUUACGCUUCCAGCAUCUAUCUGGAUUGGACCGUGUCUUCCUGUACAACUGUUGUGGAGACUAGUAUUCAUGAAACAACUUUUUUUUUUUUUGGCAGGCUCAGGCUCAAUUUCAAAUCUAGAGAAACUUUCAGGACAGAUUCUAAAGCAGUUUUCCAUUGUUUGGGUUUUAUAUCACAUUCUAAUUACAGUGGUACCUCACAAGACGAAAAACACGCAAGACGAAAGAGUUUUCCGUUUUUUGAGUCGUUCCGCAAGACGAAUUUCCCUAUGGGCUUGCUUCGCAAGACGAAACGUCUUGCGAGUUCUUGCGAGUUUGUUUCCUUUUUCUUAAAGCCGCUAAGCCGUUAAUAGCUGCUAAGCCGUUAAUAGCCGCUAAGCCGCUAAUAGCCGCUAAGCCACCAAUAGCCGUGCUUCGCAAGAUGAAAAAACCGCAAGUCGAAGAGACUCGCGGAACGGAUUAAUUUCGUCUUGCGAGGCACCACUGUACCUAUUCCACAACUCUCCCAAGUUCCUAAAAUCUACUUUAUAAAGGUCCAAUAAGCAUUUAUAAGCAGCAUUCGUGGAUUCAGCUUUCUGAGAAGAUCCAAUAAUUUGAUCCAACCAUUUAGGAGAUUCUGAAGCACCCAAGCCACACAGUCCACAAAUAGACACCAACAGAUGCAAUUGAAGAUGCUGCCAUUCAGCACUCAGUAAAUGAUAUUUAAACAGCAAUAUAAAAAACGACAACCAAAAUGCCGUCCAGCUGAUUUAAUGUAUAAAUUCCACAACCGACCCAUUUCUUGCACGGAAAAGGCUGCCUAUCUAUCGUCAAAUCUGGAUCACCCCAUAAAGUUAAUUAGGCAUGAGUUUAUGGAUCUCUGUUCCCUAAAGCACAGCUUGUCAUCUGAGGUGCCAUUGCUAUGCCUUGAAGGGGAAGCAGCCUGGAGUUGGAGGUGAAAUUCAGUAUCUCAAUUUCCUCCUCAGGUUAAAGCCACCAAUGCUAACCUUGAGCUCUCCAUACACAAGAUGAAAUCGGAAGAUGCUGUGCUGAGAGACUCGUUAGCCAAGAUGGGUGCUCUGAACGAAGGGCUGGCUCAUGACAAAGUCAGCCUCAACCGCAUAAUUCUACAGGUAACAAAGGCAGCCAGGCUGUAGCAGAGGAUGUAACUGACUGUAGCCGCUGAUUAUGUGAGCAUGUAGGCACAGAUGGCCUUACCAUUGGGCAAGUGGAGUCAACUACCUCUGGCAGAGGAUUUAAUUGUGGUGGAGGGUGAUAUAACAGAUUGUACCCCUGGUAUAACAGUCACCUUAAGGGCUACAAACAGCAUGCUGCAAAUGAUUUAGCAGAGCCCAAGAUUUAAAAUUAUCACUUCUGGUUGUGUUUGGAAGAUGGUAGGAAACUGCUGUGAACCUUCGAGCAGUGCUGUCUCUGUCUUAUGACAGAAUGAGAGUUAAACUAAAGGAGAAUAUAAUUGAAUCUCUCAUUAGUGUAAAAUGUAAAAAACAGCUGUCUACAAGGGGUGAGGAGGAGUAUGGAUCAUGAAUUGGGACUUUGUUGCUGGGAGAGGGUCUGUUACCCUCUCACCCCCAUUCACAAUGCCAACAGACCUGUGAAAACUUCCUGAAGCUAUUGUUUAUCCUGUUAGUAUAGCAUUUUUGUAUGAUACUGUACAUUUUCCCUAAUAGGGCAAACAGCAACUGGGGAAGGGGGUGAUCAUCAGGAAAACCGUGUAUAUGUUGGAGAGAGCUAAUUCUCUCCUCCCUUAGUACCAGGGUCCCAGUCCAACACACACACACCACCAUCGCUUUCUACAAAAGUGUAAAAAUAUGGAAGAUCCAAUAAUGGACUUCUGUUGUCUCAUCUUCUUUGGCCCUGUCAGAUGCAAAUUCGAAAACAAAAUACAACUGCCCUGAGUCCUAGUCUAAGCUUUUUUUUUAUCCUAAAACUGUGGUAGCCAUAUCCUGGAAGAACAUGCCCUGAAUCCCGGUUUGCCUGUCAGUCCCUGAGUGUCCCUUGCUCAGAGCAAACAAAGCUCUCCUCAGUGGUUUCGCUGGCUGCCAAAAUGCACACUUUCCUGUCAGCCUCUUUAAACCCAUGGUGUGCCAGAAAGCUUUCAGCCUCAUGAGCACCAUCAUCCCUGCAGGGCUUGUAACCGCCAAGAGCUUGUAACUUGCAGUGAGGCCUGAAAUGGGGGGGGGGGGUGACUCAGGAGUGCUCACACACUCCACAGCUUAUGCCAACAGCAUUUAUAACUUCCGGAAGACUUCAAGCAUGCUAUUGCUGCCUAAUGGGAGCUUGUAAGCUGCCUACAACAAGCACAUGGGAAAAUUCACCCAAGCGCUGCUAUUGUAGCCUUCAAGACUGUGCCCCUGUUGAAGCGCCUGCUCAGUUUGGGGAGAAAGUAAAGCAAAACCUUUCCUGUCACCAUUGAUUUGUGCAAGUGGGGAGAAGGGGCGGGUAAGGAAGGGAAGCAAAAGAAAACCUAAGGAAAAUCCGGAGUCCAGAAUUACCCCCAAAGUUUCUGCACGGUUGAAACUGUGAAUCAGAAACUGAGCUGGUUUAAGUGGAUCUACUUUACUAGAAGGUCCUUUUGAUUACAGUGCUUAAAUAUGUCCCCUGGAGUACAGUAUUUGAGCGAAACCAGGCCCAAACAGAGGGAGCAGAAUGAGAACUGAUGGUAGGAGGUUUGGUUCAAUCUAGAUCAGUGGCGUAGCGUGGGGGGUGCAGGGGGUGCCGGCCGCACCGGGCGCAACAUCGGGGGGGGCGCGCGCUCGCACUCGCAGCUCUCUGCCCCUACCUGGCUCACUCUCUCUCUCUCACUGCAGUGCUGGCUGUGCGAAUCCGAUCCGAGCAACUGGGUGGCCACCCACUGUGGAGGGGGUGGGUGCCAGGCGUGCAGUGUGGAGAGAGAGCGAGGGACUAUCUGGGGGAGGGACAGUGCAGCGGCCGCCCAGCGCAGCGCUGAGCGCGGGAGAGAACCACACCAGACCAGACCAGGCAGCAGCAAGAAGAAUCUGGCAGCGGCGGCAGGUUAGGGGUUAGGGGGCGCAAAUUACUUGCCUUGCCCCGGAUUAGGGGGCGCAAAUUACUUGCCUUGCACCGGGUGCUGACAACCCACGCUACGCCGCUGAUCUAGAUGUGCUUUUAAUGGGCUGAAUGCAAUUAAUGUGCAUAUUUUUAAAAUUGUGAAUAGCAACCGAAGACACACACACACGCACACACACAUACUGCAGAGAAUGGGGAGGCAUCCUUCCUUCUUCAAACAGCAGCUUGGGAAGCCAAUUUUCAUUUAGACUACAAGUGGAGAAGGAUAAACCCUUCCCGUAUCUUGUGGUCUCACUGCUGAUUGCCCCUCUUCCCCUGCCCCGCAACUGUCGUUUAGGUUUUCUAAAAUGUGUUAAUUGCACUCACACAAUUUAUGUCACAUUUAGGCCUCGUUUGCAUGUCACCUCAAACAAUAAUUAAACUAAAUUUAUGGUUUAAAGGUGAAUGCUGGUGCACACUGCUGAAACUGCAGGCAUUUUGCUCCACUCCACUCCUUCUGUUGUUGGCACACUGCUAGGAGUAUAUCUGAACUCAUGAGUUCUUUCCCCUAAACAAACUACAAGUAGGGGUGUUGGAAAAUUCUGAUGAAAACUGAAAAAGAAGCAGAAAUUGAUGCAGUCCACACAUUUGUUUGUGGUCAGGAUGGAAUUCUGUCAAGUGAGUCUGAUCAGUAUUGGUUCGCGUUGUGUUGCUUUUCUAACUCUGCAAAUGGUAUGCAAUGAAUGACUUUUUUUAAAAAAGCAUUGUUUUGACAUUUCCUUUACAUUGAAAUGAAUGUAAGUUCCAUAAAUACUUAUGUAAACUUAUAUAACUUAUGUUAAAUACUGGUCAGCGAAACAAAUAAUUGCACUGAAAAAGAAAUGGCGCUGAUUCCGACAAGCACAAGUUGGAAUGGCAACCACUGCUUUCUUAUAGCUCUACCCAUGAGCUGUAAGCCAAGAGCAAACGUCGUUUACAAUUCAUGCUUUGUUUGGAGAGAAAUAAGCCACAAGCCUGGGUUUGGAUAUAACACUAAGCCAGACCGUGGGUUAGCUCCUGUCAACGCGGCAGGAGAAGGAGGAGAGAAGAGUCAUGAUAUCAGUGGUGUGUACGACUACACUGUGUGUUCUCCUUUAAAUCAAUGUUUAGUUUGAAGAGAUGUGCAAAAAUGGUAAAGGUAAAGGACCCCUGACUGUUAAGUUCAGUCAUAGAUGACUCUGGGGUUGCGGUGCUCAUCUCGCUUUAGAGGCUGCGUUUGUCCACAGUUUUUCCAGGUCAUGUGGCCAGCAUGACUAAGCUGCUUCUGGCGCAACGGAACACCAAAACCAGAGCAGCGCACGGAAACACCAUUUACCUUCCCGCCAGAGCGAUACCUAUUUAUCUACUUGCACUUUUUGGCGUGCUUUCAAACUGCUAGGUUGGCAGGAGCUGGGACCGAGCAACAGGAGCUCACCCUGUUGCAGGGAUUUGAACUGCCAACCUUCGGAUCAGCAAGCCCAAGAGGCUCAGUGGUUUAGACCACAGCACCACCCAUGUCCCAGAGAUGUGCAAGCUAGACCAUAAUUUGGUCCUUAGAAUCUCUGUGUUGGAGGGGAGAAAUGGCAAAAAAAGUAGCUAUUGCUCUGUUUUUACACUUGAAACGUAAUCAGAUUUUUCCCAAGUUGGUUUUUACCACAAAUGCAAAAGCAAAAUAACACACCCCCAAUUGACCAGAAUAUACAUUUGAAUAACAGAAGGCGCCCCUCCCAUUUUCUCUUCUGUGCUAAUGAUUGCACAUUCAAAUUCAACAAUAAAUCCAGGGGUCGUGUGUGAAAGUGCCAUAAGGAUGUAUCCUCUUUCCCUUUCCGCCAAGGCUAGCCCACCUUUUGUUUUCCUGCUGGAUCAUCUCCCCACCCCCGCCCCUUCUAGAGCCUGCAAACCCCCGUCUUUCCUCUUGUUGUGCAGCUUGAAGAGGAGAAGAGCAGGCUUUCGAAUAGGAAGCGGGAGCUGGAACAAGAGCAAGCCGGUUGGCGUGAGCAGCUGGCGCACUUGGAGCAAGAACUGAUGCGCACGAGGGCAGAGAAGCAGGGGCUGGAGCAGAGCUGCAAGGCCUCAGAAGAGAAGCAGGAGAGACUGGAAGGGGAAGUGGCCUCGCUCCACAGGGAGAGAAUGCAGUUUCAGGACCAAAUAAUGCAGGUAUGAAACAGAGGGCAGAACACAGUACCUUUUCAUUGUCUCAGGAUACAGUAAGGAUGUGACUAAGAGAGGACUUGGGAUCAUUUUUGUCUUCCUGCUUGAGUACUCUGCUGGGGAGGUGACAAAUGGGGCAUGAUAGAUCACUAAGUCUUUCCUGUUGCAGCCAAACAUGAGAUUUGGAGUAAUUUAUGUGAAUUACAAAAACUUGGCCCUUCGGUUGCUUUCCUGGUUGCAAAAGUUGUGGGAAGCGGGAGUGCAUCACUUGGCAUUCCCCACCCCGCAACCCCAAUGAUUGCUAACAUAUUGGUUUGGCAGGUUUGAUCUGCUGGAAAUGCGGAGGUUUGAUGUGUUGAAAGCAUUAUACAGUAUUGCAUUUCAGUUGCCAAUUUAGCUCUGAUCACAGUAGAGAUAUAACUUGUGCUCGAGCAUUAUUGUGCUUGGAUCUGUUACUCCGAUAUAAAAAGACUUUUAUAAAUAAAUAUAAGAAUAUAAUAUGCGAAAGGUUCCAGUGAGAAACGCCACUUGUUGAUUCAGAUGGUUGCUCAUAAUAACUAGGCUGGCCCUGACACAAGAGCGCAUCUUGGCCAUACACUCGGCAAAGCUUCUGCAAUACAUUUGAUCCAAACAAACCAUUUUGGGAUCCCUGUCCAGCAGAACCACUGAGUUCAGAGGCUGUCCUAAGCACACGCAGCCCAAGGAGGACAGACGGCUGGUAGUUUAAUUCUUUAUUGACAAAGCACACACUUACGGUAGCUCCUAAGGUGCACAGAGAACACACACACGCUUCUGCUGACUUCAGUAGCUGGCAUCCCCUCCCCAGGCUGGUGUUCUGAGCUGGACUGGUCGAGCAACAGCAUAACCACACCUCCACCUGACCUUAAGGACCAGCAUCUGAUGGGCUGAGCACAAGCAACCUGCGACUUCUCAUACACUCCUGCCCUUGCUCCAGCCCCAGUUCCUGACCUGUGUCCUUCACACCCUCCCCUCUCUCUGUGGUGGAGGGUGGGGUGAUUGAAAUAAAAUAAAAAAUCAAUCCUCCUGUCAGACACCUGAAAGGAGGGGCCAAUUCCGGAGCACAACACAAAAGCUCCGCCCACCAGAUGCCAGGCAUUCUACUAUUCAAAUACGGCCCCUGUGUUUUUUAAACACAGUGUCCUUCUGCUCAAACUCUUCCCUCCCUCCAGCCCUGAGUGCUGCCUCACAGGAGGCACCAAACCCCAUAAAUUGCUGUCCCCUUCCCCUGGGGCAGCCUCUGACCCUGUGGCAUCUGCCACGCACUCCUCAGCACCCUGCCAGUCCCUGACAGAGGCACAGCUCUGCCAAACUAUUGCCCUUAAGAGGAGUGGUUUAUAUCAGGGAUGGAAAGCUGGUGGUUCUCCAUACAUUGUUGGAUGACAACUCCUCAGCCAUCGUCUUUGACCACUGAGCGGAAGGACUGUAGCUCAAUGGUCCAGCUACUAUGUUGCAUGCAGAAGGCCUCAGGUUCAGGCCCCAGCAUCUCCAGGUCAGUAUGGGAGAGAGAACACUCUCUGAAAUCCUGAAAAGCUUCUGCCAGGCAGUGUAGGCAGUCCUGAGCCUGAUGGAUCAGUGUUCUGACUCAGUAGAAGGAGGUUUCCUAUGUUCCAUGCUGCCCAGGGCUGAUGGUAGUUGAAGUCUAACAACCCUUGGAGGAGCCUCCCCACCACCCCAGUUUACAGGGUUGUGGAGCCAGGAUCCUAAUUAGGCUUUUAAUUUCCUGCUCUUACUCUCUCACACACUUCCCUCUGCUUUUUGCCAGCUGAGCAGCCAGAAGCAAACUCUAGGUGAGCAGCUGGCCCAGAGCCACCGAGAGAUGGAGACGCAAGCAGACUCCUUGCUCCGUACGCUACAGGAGAAGGAAGACAUGGCUAAGGAAAAGGCACAGGUGGUUGUGGAGCUCACUGCGCUGGAGAGGCACAGGAAGUUGUUAACAGAGGAGGCAGAUGCUCUCAGGUAAUGCCCACCGGCUAUGAAACAACUGGUGGUCUCCUGAAGACUGGCUUGCAAAUUAACUUAAGGGAGGGGUGGCAUGAGGCAAAGUCAUGCAACCUAAACCAGGUAAGCCUUGCUUCACCCCUGUUUUAAAGCAUAAGCCUGUGGAUAUGCUUCACUUGUACACCAUACCAUAGUUCAUAACAGGCUCAGUGUCUUGGUUUCAGCCUUGCUCUUUGUUUCAGUCAAAUAUAUAUUUUUCCUUUUCCCUUCUGGCCUGUCCAGGCAGCAGCUGCCUAUGCCCCUCUGUUCAGUGCUUCUGCGCUAAAUGAGAAGCACAGGAAGCUAACUAAGUGUAAACCUGCAGGCAGGUGCCCUUUUAUUUGUUGCACAAUUCCUGGUCUCUGGACUUCCUGUGGAUGAGCAGGGCUGGCAGAGUACCUGUGGUGGAUGGGGAUCAUUGGUGCCAACAAGCUUUCUGGGGUAGUGGAUAAAUAGAUGCCUGUAGAAUCCAGGCAUUGACAGCUUAAUUGACUGGCCUUGAUUAUUUCCUGAUGUGCUUUAGAGUGGAGAAGGAGUCCCUGGAAACCAGCCUUUUUGAGGCACAAGAACUGGCAGCACAACUGGAAGCUCGCAAGGAACAACUAGAAGGAGAGAACCAAGGCUUCAAGCUUGCCAGAAAGGCUCUUCAAGGUAUAGUACACACAUUAUUCAGUCUGAUUCAAAACUCCAUGGAAUCUUCCCUUUAAAUUAUUAAGGUGUGCACAAACCAUACAUUGAAAGCACAUGGCUUCCCCCAAAGAAUUCUGGGAACUAGUUUGUUAAGAGUGUUGGGAAGCAUAGCUCUGUAAAAGGUAAAAUACAGCUCCUAGGAGUCUUUGAAGAAGACAUGUGCUUUAAACGUAUGGUAUGUAUACAGCCAUUGUUAAGUGGUUGGGAUACCACUGGAAGUGCCCAAUAAUUUUUUUUAAAAAACCACCUCACCUGUUAUCUGACUAUACCUGACUAUACAGGUAGCCCUGUUCAGGGAAGUUUUUAAUGUGUGACAUUUUAAUGUAUUCUUAAUCUUUGUUGGAAACUUCCCAGCAUGCCUGGGGAAACCCAGCCAGAUGGGUGAGGUACAAAUAAUAAAUUAUUAUUAUUGUUAUUAUUAUUAUUAUAUAACUGGUUAUUGGUGACACACAUUCAAAUUACCAUUUAACAUAAUUUUGCAUCAAAAUCAGCCAAUGAACAGGUUUCCAGACUUACUUGUUUUAUCCUAUCUUUUUGUGAUGGCUGUUUUUUGUGAAACCUGUUCAACUUGGUUAAAGCCACGUAUAUAAAUCCAGAUGCGAUAAAACAUAUCAGUGCAAAAAUCAAUUUAUAAAAAUGAUAUUUUAUAAAAAGCAAUGUGGGUGCAAGAGACUUUUAAAGCCGCUUUCUUAAAAAAUGACAGCAAUGAAGCUGAAAGAACUGCUUGCUGAAUUGUGCCCUCUGUUGAAGAAACAGUUUGUUGUCACAGCCUAUACUGAAGAGUUGCCCAAGGAUCUGUCCUGGAUGGUGUUUGUUUUCUUUCAUUAGUGGAAUUGGGAAAAGCCCAGCAUGAACUUGAGCUUCGGGAAACCACACUGAGGCGAGAAAUAGAGAUGUUGAAGCUCCAGAUAACUGAGGAGCAACAAGGGUUCCAACAGGUCAUAAAGAACCAGAAGCUGGGUUUUGAGGAGGACCUCGAGCGCCUCAGAAAAGAGAAGGUCAGUGCUGAAGACUCCUAACCCUUAUGCAGCCAAAUUCUUCAGUCCAGUGUCAGUGAUGGUUGAAAUGAGUGAAAGCUGGGUACUAGAAAAUUGCCAUGUCCACUAACCAAAUCCAGUUCUAGUGUUCAAUAGUAAGUCACUUUCAUUGUCAUUAGAGCAAUAAGAGGGUUCUGGGUGACUCCAGACUGUUAUUAAUUUGUGGGAGGGACUUGAGUGCAUACUGGAUAUUUAGGUAUGUACAUUUCAAGUAGAUUAAAGUUCUCUGUCAACCUGUCUGAUGAUUGCUGUCUGCCCACUCCAGUCUAGUUGUCUAGCAGCUCCCAACAUGCCAAUGUUAAUAAUAAUAACAAUAAUAAUAAUAAUAAUAAUAUAAUGUAGUGGUGGUGAAGCUAGCAACCAUUGGUGCUGAGAGAGACUGUGUAACUGUUCUUUCUUCUCUAUACUGUGAGUUGUUGUGGUAUCAAGACUACUUGAGAUGAUAGAAGCUGAUUUCCAAGCACAUCACAAGUUGUAUACAUAUACUGAAUGAGUUGUGAAGAACACUCAUGUGGUAUAAAUUUGAAUGCUUCCUUCAUAAUACCCGUUAAUAAGGAGUAGCUCUUUUCCUAGUAAUAACAGUGUUGAGCAGUGGUGUAGUAUAAUGGCUGGUACUUGAAUAGGGAAACAUGGUCUCAAAUCUCUCCUCAGCCAUGACAAUGUGCUAGUCAUUGUAUCUCAGCCUAAACUACCUGAAAGGGUUCUUGUAAGAAUAUAAAGGGAAGAGAAACUGCAUGUACACUACCCUGAGGUCCUUGAAGAAAUGAUGAAAUGUGUUAAUAAUAAUACUUAACAUUUAUAAGGGAGGCGCAGGUGGCGCUGUGGUUUAAAACACUGAGCCUCUUGGACUUGCCAAUUGGAAGGUCGGCGGUUUGAAUCCGCACAAUGGAGUGAGCUCUCGUUGCUCUUUCCCACCUUCUGCCAACCUAGCAGUUUGAAAGCACUCUAGUGCAAGUAGAUAAAUAGGUACUGCUGUGGCGGGAUGGUAAACGGCAUUUCUAUGAACUCUGGCACUUUUCAUGAUGUCCCAUUGUGCCAGAAGCGGUUUAGUCAUGCUGACCACAUGACACGGAAAGCUGUCUGUAGACAAACACUGGCUCCCUUGGCCUGAAAGUGAGAUGAGCGCUGCACCCUGUUGUUGCCUUUGACUGGACUUAACCAUCCAGGGGUCCUUUACCUUUAUCUUACAUUUAUAUGCAGCACUCUGUGUACCUGUAUAUAGGCAGCUGUGAUUUCUACAUAGGAAUGGCCUUUAUACCUGUCAAAUAUACAUGUGUAUUAAAUGAUUCAAACUGGAUUCUAAUUACAGGAUGUACCACAUUUGGGUGGUUUCCUUUUCACUGGAGUCCUGUUAAUCUCUGUCAUGGUUUCUUUGAACUGCUUUGAAUAUGUUUGAGACUGGAAAUCUGAGGCAGGCCCUGGAGAUAGGGAUUUGGUUGCAAGGAACUUGCUUGUGUUCAACACCAAUAGGAGCAUUGCUAGGUACUUAAAAGACUCAGGGCAAAAGGCUACAGACACAACUCUGCAUAACAUGUGAAUAUGCUAUUAUAUAUGUACAGAUGCGAAUGUAGAAUUUAAAUGUCACAGUAGGAAAGCCAACAAAUUUCCAAUCAAAAUAAGCCCAGAUAAAUUAUUUCAUUAAUUUGCAUCCUAGCCCCAAUCACCCCAAAUCAUUCCUCUGCAUUUCUCCCAAUUAAUCCUGCUCCAAAUUAAUUCAAUUCCCAUUCAAUUCCCUCUCUUCUCUAGAUAAUUUAUUCCGACAAAAUUACAUAAUAUCCUGCUCAAUUAACCAAGAUCGUUCCUGUUCAAUUUCUCCCAAAUUCACUAUCUACCAGAAACACUCAGUACACUUAGAAAAAAGUUUUCGGGGGGUCUGUGCCCCGUGAGCCCAUUCUUGCAACACCCCUGGAUACUAGUUUACCUGAUAAUUUCCUGCUCUGCUGACACCAGGAGGCCCUGCAUCUGGCAUUGAUUGAGCAGAAAGACGAGGCUGUGCAUCAUCUUCAGCAAGAGAGGGAAGAACUGGCAUCCAAGCAUGAAGCUGAAAAAAGGGAGUUCAUGGAGGAGAUCCUCUCUUUGCAGCAGAACCGGGAUGAAAGCCUCCUCCUGCUAGAAAAUGAAAAACAAAAGGUGAGGCGAGAGUAACAUUAGUUAGAAGGAACCUACCUGUUUUCAAGUCAUGGUUUGGCUUAGCGUGAGGCAGUAACACUGCUGCCACAGCUGUAACCAUUGCGCCCAGCCAGCUUGGAUAAUGGUUGGAGUUGGGAACAGGAGCCUAAAGGAUCACAUAUGUUUCCCUCUUGAGCCCAUGUAUUUUAUUUCUUCCUAUGAGCCAUCCUUAGGGACGCGGGUGGCGCUGUGGGUUAAACCACAGAGCCUAGGACUUGCUGAUCAGAAGGUCAGCGGUUCGAAUCCCUGCGACGGGGUGAGCUCCCGUUGCUCAGUCCCUGCUCCUGCCAACCUAGCAGUUCAAAAGCAUGUCAAAGUGCAAGUAGAUAAAUAGGUACCACUCUGGCAGGAAGGUAAACGGCAUUUCCAUGCGCUGCUCUGGUUUGCCAGAAGCGGCUUAGUCAUGCUGGCCACAAGACCUGGAAGCUGUACGCUGGCUCCCUCAGCCAGUAAAGCAGGAUGAACGCCGCAACCCCAGAGUCGGUCACGACUGGACCUCAUGGUCAGGGGUCCCUUUACCUUUACCUUUACAGUGGUACCUCGGGUUAAGUACUUAAUUCGUUCUGGAGGUCUGUUCUUAACCUGAAACUCUUCUUAACCUGAAGCACCACUUUAGCUAUUGGGGCCUCUUGCCACUGCCGCGCCGCCGGAGCAUGAUUUCUGUUCUCAUCCUGAUGCAAAGUUCUUAACCUGAGGUACUAUUUCUGGAUUAGCGGAGUCUGUAACCUGAAGCGUAUGUAUCCCGAGGUACCACUGUAUGAGCCAUCCUUAGGACUCAUGUUAUGGGGUGCCCAACAAAUGCUAAUAAUAAAUAAUAAAAAUGUAAUUUCCAGGGCAUUAUGAAUAUUGUUUACAUAUGUGAGGGUUUCCUUUCUACCUCCAGGCUUUGUCCAAGAAGGAAGCAGAGAAGAAUAUCCUUUUAGAAAAGCUCAGUGAGUCACAACGCGAACUCACAGUUGCCAGGUCAGAGUUUGACCGGGUGAAGCUGGAAGCUCUGAACCGCCAGGAGCAAGACAAGGUGAACUCUGGGCUUUGUGAUUUUUUUCCAUGGCAGGGAAUGCAAAUAUUGAAAUGCCUAGCAAGAUAGUGGUGGGGCAUUGCCAUCUCCUGAAAUUCCUAACUCAGCCUAUGAUCAACUGACAAUUAAGAGAAGGAAUGAAAUAAAAUAAAAAACAUGUUUACUUCUAGCAGAAAUAUAAACAGAAAAGGGGAAGUGGAACUUUAUGGGGUCAUAAGCAACACUUUGUGCUUUAACAUGCAGCACUUCAAGGAACCCAGAAAUAGAUUACCACGUCUCUUUUCCCUCAGCUUCAGCUCUGUUGUUAUUAGGGAUGUUGGAGAAUAUUGAUGAAAACAGAUGCAGGAUUAAAAUUACUGAUGUUUGCUCAUUUACCCCAUGCCUGGAACAGAAAUCAACCCCACAAAUAUGAUCAGUAUUCACUGUUGUUGCUUUCAAUUUACAAAUGAUAUGUAAUUAAUUAUGUCAAACCUUCCCCACCCCAUUCUCAUUCUGUUUCCUUUGCAUUGGAGUGUGGUAAACUAACAUAAUUACAAUGUAAUUUACAUCAUUGGCAUAAUUAUCUUUUGUAAAUUGUGUAAGUUACAUUAUUUUGCCACAGUGAACAGUGAGACAAGUAACAUAGUUUUUGGCAGAAGGCAAACUGUAGUGGAGUGGAAAAAGUGCUACAUGUGAUGGAUUUAGGGUGGAACAGAAGACGAGGCCUUAUUACAUCCUUAAUUAUCAUAUUCCUCCAAGGUCUCAACUCUGAAACACCCGUUAGCUUAUGCAAGACAUGACACUUAGAUUCGCAGACAUUGUGUAGAGUGGCAUAUAUUGUCAUUACUGUUACCAGUAAUUGUUUCCGGGGCACCUGCACCAAUCAGAGCCACGCUUUGGUUUUCGAACAUUUCAGGAUUUGAAUGGACUUCUGAAACGGAUUAAGUUCGAGAACCAAGGUUCCACUGUAUAUGGUCCUUCUGUGGUCAGAGAGUCCACCGUUUAUUACCAUUUAUGUAUAGCAGGGAUGUCCAACACGUUGAUCGCGAUCUACUGGUCGAUCCCUGUGAGGAUUUGGUAGAUCGUGAUCGAUCGCCGGCCUCCUUCCGGCCCCAGCCCCUUUCCCUGUGCCGGCCUCUAUUGUUGCAGCAGGCAAGCCAGUGUUUAGAAAUGGAGGCUGUUAUCUGGCCAGCGAUCGUAAUGUUAGUGGCUGCUUCUGUUCCUCCCUCCCUCAGAAGAGCUGCCAAAAAGUCCCUAACCACCUAAAUAACGUGUCAUCUCGCCUCCUUAAAAACAACUUUGACCUGAACCCCUAAAAAAUGGGGGUAGAUCACUGCCAGAUUUUAUUUUUGAAAGUAGUUCGCAGUCUCCUGGGAGUUGGCCACCCCUGAUGUAUAGGGUAGGCACCAUCAGUGAGGAUGUGCAAAGGAAUCAAUCCAAGUGUGGGGUUACUAGGAAUGAAGACUCCCACUAUGCAUCUCCCAGUAGAGCUGUGAAUGUUCUGUGCAGUGCUGAGAAGCCAGGUUGGCCUGUUCUGCUGUGCUGGCCACUACUGGUAGUGUCUACCUUCUUUGUCCGAAUCUCAUGAGAAGCCUUUUAGGGGAAGUGGAUCUCCCUCCAUAUCAGGCUUGAACAGGACAGCAGGAUUGCUCUGUGGGUGUUAAUGAGGGGCAGAAUAGUUUCUUGGGCACACUGUAGACUAAGGCGGAGGCUAAGCCUUGAGAAGGGCCCACUUCGGCCAGGGAAACAACAUGAGCAAAAAGAUUUUUUCACCCCCUUCCUAAUCCCAUUCAGAGGCAUCCACAGCUGCCUUUAACAUUAGCAUUUUUUAAUGUGGGAAAUCUGAUCAUAGAUAUCCCACCAUCUCAUCUAGUUGUGCCCUCAUUUUCCUUCCUUUUUUUUAAAAAAAAGAAAUCUACAAGAGGAUAUAGUUUUGAAGAUGUGAUGCUAUCUACCCCAGUUGUUUCUGAGAAAUUUGCAAAAUAAAACAGCUGGUGUAGACUACCCCUGUUGUUGAGGGACAUAGGAGCUUUGGAGCAUCAGAUUACGGCUGCAUCUAACUCAGUAUACUGUCUGUGAUGACCAACUCCAGUUCUUCAGGGUUUCAGAGAAGAGCCUUUCCCAGUCCUACCUGGAGAUGCUGAGGUUUGAACCUGGAGCGUUCUGCCUGAAUGGCAUGUGGUCUGUGUCUGAGCUGUCUUUCAUGUACUGAAACUCUGUACAGUGGUACCUCGCAUUAAGUACUUAAUUCGUUCCAGAGGUCCGUUCUUAACCUGAAACUGUUCUUAACCUGAAGCACCACUUUAGCUAAUGGGGCCUCCUGCUGCCGCCGCGCCGUCACAGCACGAUUUCUGUUCUCAUCCUGAAGCAAAGUUCUUAACCCGAGGUACUAUUUCUGGGUUAGCGGAGUCUGUAACCUGAAGCGUAUGUAACCUGAAGUGUCUGUAACCCGAGGUACCAUUGCACUUGAGUUUCUCUGGAAGGAGGGGGGUGACCACGGGAGUUGCUGUAUAGAGCACAAGGACACUGCUUGCCCACAAUUUGCUUGACUCUGGCUUGUGCUGUCUCUCUCUACAAUUUGUUUCCAUAAUGCACCACAAGAUUUCCCCCUCCCCCUUUUCUUUUUUUUUUUAAUAGCUCAACGUGGGAUUGUUUGGUUCUGCCUUUAAAUAAAAAACACAUUGGCAAUAUUAGCCGGGGCCCUAUCGUAUCUCUGGAGAGAUCAGUUCACAAGCUCACAAGGCACGGCCUCCUAAGACCGAGCAAACAAAUAGCACAACAAGGGUGAGAAACCCCCACCAGAACAAAUUUGAAAAGCAUUUCAGCUGGAAAGAUUGACUGGGAACCAAAGGGAAGCCAGCUUUAAAACAAAUAAUUUCCCCGAAGGACUGUAAACAAUAGCCCCACCCCAAACUUGUAGAGCAGCACAGAAUGACAGGAAUGGAUGUGACCUGCCCUAUCGCUGGGAUUUAUUGGCAAUCUCUACCGUUCUGGUCCACCAUCUCUAACCCGCCCUCGCGUCUGCUCACUCAACGGAACAGCUCUGAGCUGCACCAAUGACUGUGAUCCCUCUAAGACAGUGAGAUUAUGACUGAUACAGUAAGCUGUUUUCUGGAGGGUCGUGCAUGACAGGGAGAUUCUUCCAAGCUGGGACAGAGUAGGGCGAGGCAGUGAAUCCAAGCCAGACCUUUCUCCCUAGGGGCAGGGGAUGUUGCAAUUCAUAGCUGGAAGCUGCAUGGCUGUGUUCCAUGCAUGGUCCGAUCUCUCUCCUCCUUGGAGAAGCUUGUGUGUGGCUUGCAAUGCAGUGAGCAAGUUCCUGGCACCAGAAGAAAAGAUCUUGCCCAAGAGCUUCUCAUUUCCUGGAGCUCCCCCUCCCUGAAUCCCCAUCGGAGUUCCCUUCGGCCUAGAUGGCAAAACAGAGCCUCACAGACUCAGCAAGGGAAGCAGGAAUAUCCUUGUUCCACUCUGGGAGGGCAGUCCCUGCCAGUGGCUUUUAUUCCCCCUCACAAGACAAGAGUGUAGGGAUUUUGUCUUAUUAUUUCUACUUUUGCCAAUUCUGUAGUAAUCCUCUAGUUCCCUGUCGCCUGAAUCCCAUUUUAAAAAAGAAGAGUGGACAAUCACAUUUUGGUGGGCCCAAAAGGUAGGCAGGUCUAGGAAGGAAGGAAGGAAGGAAGGAAGGAAGGAAGGAAGGAAAGAAGGAAGGAAAGAAAGAAAGAAAGAAAGAAAGAAAGAGAAAGAAAGAACUUCCCUGUUGUAGAUGGAUAUUAUGUUCAUUUGGGACUGUAUGCUCCUCAUCUAGUCUGAAUACUAAUAGUAAAAGAAAAUAAAAAUAUAGGAGACUAACCAAUCUUGGUCAUUCAAUUCCAUCUGAAGUCCAGAAGUCUCUGUGUUGGGCUACCAAACUCACCCCUCUGAUUGUUUAACAGCUGUGUCAGUGAAGUACAGAAAUCUAACCUUCUGUUGUUUAAUUUCAUUGUACACAGGUUGUACAUUGACAAUAAAAGUAUUAUUAGCUUUGAUGCUCCUAUGUGCCUCAUGCCUUAUAAUUACAUCAGAAGCAUUCUUAUGAGCAUCAUCCUCAAUGACUUCUAGACUGAUGUCCUUUUGUCUCUUUCCAGCUCCACUUGUCCCAUGAUAUACUAUGCCUUUUAUGAUUUAAUCAACAAAGACUCUUGUAGCUCCAUGGAGACUAGCCCAUUUAUUGUGGCUUAUGCCAGGACACACUUUAGCUGAAACAAUAAAAUAAACCUGCUAGUCUUUAAGGUGCCCCAAGGCACUCUGCUGUGUUUCCUGUAACAACUAACAUAGCUUCCUAGCUAGAAUUUGUCCUUUCCAAUUAGUUACUAGAAGAGGUCCCAAGUCUAGAAACAGUUCGUUUCAUCACCUACCAUAUGUGCAGUAUCAGAAUCAGGAUGAGCAGUGGCAUUUCCUUAUGCCUUCUCACAACAAAUACUGUGGUAGAGUUGGCAAGCUGCAACUAUUUUAUAAGUCAGAUAAGUGAGCUUGACAAAGUGUGGCUUGCCUAAAAAUGUCAGGUAAGGACAUGGUGCUCACCUGGAAUUUGAACCCCCAAAUACCCAUGGCCUAUAUGAAGGGGGUUUGUUUUUGGUUUAACUCUACUGUAUAUUAUGGAGUUUUUAUGUUAGGCAGAUUGGUUUGCCUUGGAAAUGGCUUAACUGAAGGGUCCAGAGUAGAGUCUUACCUUUGUAGCCUAUAUCCUGCAGCCAGGAUUGGGCCAAAGUUUUGGAGUACUGCUGCUUUGGUAGCACUAGAGGGCACUCAGUAUCCAUAAGUCAAUCCCCUACCUAUUCACAAGAACCCAAUAUGAGAAUAGAUAUAAAAAUAUGAAAAAUGUAUAAGUGUAAGCCCACUGCACUAUGAUCCAGGAAACCAUUGUGACAAUUCAUGUGAUCAAGGAAGCAGAGAGCAUGGACAGUAUUUAACCAGGGGUAUAGACAGGCCAAAGGUCCAGAUUGGUCAGGGUUUUUUCUUUAAUCUGCAGAGCAAGAGCAUUUUAUUAUUAUUUUUGCUAGGUAUGUUUGAAUAAUGAAAAACAUUUUGCAGGAAAUUGGGGUGAGAGUAAGGAGAUAGCCUUUGUAAAGUCUAGUAAACAUUUAGAGAAGGAAAACACUGUGGCUCGUGCAUUAAGCAAUGUCAAUAUAUUUGAACAAUAGUUGUAAUAGAAAAUUCCUAUUCAUUGAAUGAACAGAACAAGUCAUUAGAUGCAAGGCCAGCAUCAGUCACUGGGCAUUUUAGCUGUUGCUACCACUUCACAGGAAGGUCUAUAGCUCUGUGUUGCAGCACACACUUUGCAUGGAGAAGAUCCCAGAUUCAGUUCCAGAGAACUGUAGCCAGAAACAUCCUAGUAACCUACUACAACUCAGAGUAUGAAAUACUGGGCUACAGUGGCAGGGAUGAAACUAGAGGUGUCCCUAGGAUCCCUCAUGCCCCUGGCAAGCAGCUGUUUCAGUGCCCCCCUCCUGAAGAAAAUAACUUUCCUGCUUGCCUUUGUGCUAUGAUGCGAGAAGGAUGGGAAGCUUCUGCGUUUGAUCUUGCUGUGACAGCAGCGGCGCAUCACCACACAUAUUUAAGUCAUACAUUCCAUAGUCUGAUAGGUGAUUUUUGUAGGGGGAGGCAGGCCUGCGCCCCUGGCAUGGGCCAGUUUCACCAACCCCUAGGUACACCUCUGGACAAAGCACAACCGCUUAUUCCACAGCACUAAUCUCCUGGGGUGCUAUUUGUCAAUCCGCUUCAUGUCAAAUAAAUAGGCUAUUAUCAGGCAGGGGUGGGGCAGGAGACUCCACCAAAUCAGUUAAACAGAAGAAGCAAUUGUUGGCAUCAGCCUGCGUAGCUAAGGGUUAAACUGCCUGUUUUAUUUUGAAAAAAAUGGCAAAAGUCCCUUGACCAAUCCUAAUGCUACAGAAUAGUGAGUGAAUGUUAAACAAAGCAGAAGGGGGUAAGAAAAAGCUGUCUUGAUAGUGAAGCCAUAAUGUCUUCAUUUGUCAAAAGACUCUCUCUCUCUCUCUCUCUCGUCUUAGAAUACCUGCGCUUCAGAAUUAAUCACUAUGAUACUGCACUGAAAAAUAAUUUCUGACCUGCACAUAACACACUUCCUUUUGAGGGGAGAUUCGUUCACACUUUUUCUUAGCUGGUUUGUGGCAGCAACACAUUGUGGGGAAUGCAUCUCUGGUGCUCCUCAGGAAUAAGCAAGAAAGCAUCUCUCCUAAUGCUCGUAACUAAUGCUUAGAUGUGCAGCUACUGCUCUAAACCAAGAGCCUGAAUGGGAGACAAAGAAGAGAAGUGGGUACAGUAUUUUAAUUGGCAACCAAGCUCCAGAUUGUCCAGUAUCAGUCCCACUUAGAUGUGGUCAACAGCUAUAGCAUUGCCUUUAAUCCCGAAGGGUUCCAUGUAUGUUGCAGGUGCCACCUCUGCCUCCAUCCAAGGGAUUUGAAACAAGGCCGCUUUUACCUGAAAUGGGAGUCAGGCCUUACUGUUCAUAUACAUCAAUUGUGGCUCACAGUUGAGUGCAUAGGGUGGUAUUCAAUGAAGGACUUGUCCAGUCUUCUUUUUUGUGUUGUGUUUCUAGGCACAGAUCCACUCUUUAAAGCGCUCAAGACCUGCACCUAGAAAGUGCAAGACAAAAGGUGUGUGGCUGAGCCCUUAGCUUUACUCAGAGUAAACCCAUUGAAAUAAAUGGACCUGACAUAGUCAUGUUCAAUAUUUCAGUGGGUCUACUCUGAGUAAAACUUAGUUGAAUACUAUCCAUAAUCCAUCCCUCGUCACCCCAUUUAUCAUCCUAGAAAUAUUUUCUUACCUGAUAUUUGAGAGUAGCUCUAUUGAAUCUUCCUUUGAACACAUCUCUUGGGAAAAGUCAUUGUUUACACAAGCCAUGCCUUAAGUUAAUUUUCUGCUGCUCAUUAUGUCAUGACGUGCUGUAUCUUUUUGAACUUCCACCUUCACAGGCUGCUGAAUGAUACAGCCUAUCAGCUCAGUUCCAAAGAUUCCCAGAAAAAGCAUGACUGGUUUCAGCCCAGGGAGGAGCCAUAGCUCAUUGAUAAAGUAGAUGCUUUGAAUGCAGAAGGUUUUAGGUUCAGACCCUGACAUAUUCAGUUAAAAGGGAUCAGGCUGCAAGUGGUGGGAAAGUUCUCUGCUGGAGAUCCAAGAGCCACUGCCACUUGGAGUAGAUACUAGGCCAGAAUGAACAAAUGGGAAUCUGCCUUAUAGGUCAGACUACAUUCCUCUCUUUCUCUUUCUCGUUUCCACUAAAACUGAUCUGAGAUUGUACACCAUUUCCUUAAAGCUCAGCUUAUUUCUUACCGUAAGGUUGCAACAGCAAAAGAUUGGUCUCCUGCUGCUGACCAUUUCCUAACUUCCAUGAAAUGGUUUGGCUGUGCUUUCCUGUAUCUUCUCUCUCUCUCAUGCCAAGGAGGUCAUUUCCCAUAAAGGAGACAAAUGUUCCAAUUAACAGUCUUUUACUAGAUGACUAAUUUUCAUGUCACAGUUGCUGUUGGUUUUGUGUGUGGCACUGGGAAGGAAGAAAUACACAAACCAUGAAUUAUAGCAGGCAGGGUGUUUUUGCGUUUCCCUGUUAUUGACCCCCUACCUACUCCAGUCCACACACUACACCUUAAAUUCAUGAAGUGAGUUCUGCCUAUUGAAGUCUUGAAUGUUUCUCCUAUCUUUUUAAUUUUGUUAUUUCAAAAUAAUUUAUUCAUUAUUAUUUCAAUGGGUAUAGUUUUACAGAUACAGAGUUGGGGCUGUAGACCCUUGGUUGUUCUGCCAAAGAGAGAUAAGGGCCUAUUCACAAAUCCUUUUGCUGGAGCUGAACCUGCUCAAAUACUGCUUGUUUUCAGUUUGGCAUCAAAACAUACUCAUGUCCUACCAUAGUCCUGUUGAGACCCAAAGCAAUUGCUAGUAUCCAUAAUUUUGUCCAGGGAGUUUCUUGCAUUAAGGCAGGGUGGCCUGGAUGAUUUAAUAGGUCACUUUCCAUCUUGGCAUGCUAUGAGUCUAUAAAACUUGUAGAAUCAUUGACUGUCACAGGCAGGGGAGGAAAAACCCUAAAAGAAUAUUAAACUUAUGGAGGACACCUUACAGUGUCUUGCAGCAUUAUAUGGGUGAAGAUAUUGGCAAGUGUUUUUUGGCUUAGAGUGAGGAACAAGAUCAACUCUGUUCUUGUUGCUUAGGGAAGAACCAGUUGUACCUACCAGUGAUGGGUGCUGAACUAAAGCUGCUUUUUAAAAAUGUCUUUGUAAAGAUAGUUGCAUGGGCUGGUAAACUUUGCAAACAGUGUUGCUGUCAGCCCAAAAGUUCUGGUACAAUUUCUGUCUAGCUAUUUCUAGAUAUAGAAUCAGAGAAUUGUAGAAUUGGAAGGGACCCCAAGGGUGAUCCAGUCCAACUCCCCGCAAUGCAGGAAUCUCAGCUAAAGCAUCCAUGAUUUUUCUACAUUUGGCCAACUUUCUCUUUGAUUAAUUUGAAUGCUUUGUUUUGUGUGAUCAACUGGAUUUCCUAUUCACUUACAUUGGGGUUGGGAUUACAUUUCCUCCUGUGCAGAAAAACUGCCCUUCAAAACUUAGAAUGGUCUCAGCCCCAUGAGAGAGAACAGGCUUUGCAAGCAGAAGAUCCCAGGUUAAACACCUGCCAUCUUCAUGUAGGGCUGGAAAAGACUGUUGCCUAAAACCCUCAAGAACUGCUUGUCAGUCAGGGUACACAAUACUAAACUAGGUGGAUCAGUGGUUUGACUCAACAUAAGGCAGCUUCCAAUGUUCCUAAAUGACUUUCCACUGGGGUUUUGAAUCAGUCCUGUACUUCAGAUACGAAAAGCAAGUGCCUUGUCGCCCUGUAAAGGCAUCAAACUUGUUCCCGGCUAGCAAAUUUCAGCUAACCUGCAGUGCUACCCUAGAAUUGAGCUUUAUGAGGAAACGGUUGUGAGAGCCAGUCCUUCGACUGCCGGUGUCUCCAUAUUCUGGAACUUUACAGAACACAUAGAACAAAGUGGCACAUACCAUGCUUGAUUCUGUGAUUUCUUCAUUACAGAACACAAUUGCCAGCAUCACCAGUGAGCUACGGACCUUCCAGGCACAGUUUGAGGACGCAAUGGCUGCCCACCAGAAGGAGGCAAAGCGCUUAAAUGAACACAUAAAGGAACUGGCAAGAGAGAAGGAGCUUGUUGGGAGGGAGGUAUGUUCGGGUUCUUGGCUGGGUCUUCUUUCUGUGGAAGGAUUCUCUGUCCCUGUUCAGUAUGGUCCUAUAAGUGCUCUAUGUAUCUCUUUGUCAACAAAUAGGUGUUUGCCCCAGUUCAAGCCAUCUGUGAAUAAGUUGGUCGCAAUGGAAGCAUUUCCCCUCUCUGCUGAAAGAGCAG